CUCCAAGUGGCAAAGGCAGGCCCAAUAAACGUUCCCAGCACCUCCCAGAAAAAAAACUCAAUCUGCACAGAACAGAAAUGUAUAUAAAGCCGUAGUAAAGGCUGAUGUUGCCUGUAAGCAGGUACCUUACAGCACAGAACGUGAUCGUAGCUCUACAGAAACAUCUGUCUCUCUGGCUGCAAACCGUCACUAGUCCAGCUUUAUUGGAAGAGAGAAUGACCAGUUUAAUUUCUCUACAUUCAUUGUAACCUUUUGGAUAUAUUCCUUUUCAUUUAAUUUUUUUUAAAACCCUUGUGAUUUCUCUCUAAACGAUUCGUUAUAUAAACAAAAUACAAAACACAAAAUAAUUGCCCGCCUGUGACUCGGUAUGCAGAAGUAUCAGAUUUUUAAUUAAAUUCUCCCGUCUCCCCAAAUAGUUCCCUAGGAAUAUAUGAUUUGAAGUACUCGCAUUGUUUUUCCCCUCUCGCUCUGCAGUAUAUUUAAUUUUGCAGUUUUUGGAUGACUUGUGGCUGAGUCACCUUCACUAUGCCCACACAUCUGGCUGCGGUCACCUCUCUGCUUGCGUUGGACCUACUCCUUCUCAGCCCAUCUCUGUCCUCAUCUUUGGAUGGGGUGUUGGUUACCCCUAAGAUGUUAGAUCCAGACUUAAAUGGACGACACUAUUUCAGAACAGACAAUGAAGAUUCAGGAGUAAUUUUCCUUAUCACAGCUUUUCAAGAGGAUUUCUACCUGAACCUGCGACCCGAUGCCCAGUUUAUAGCCCCGGCGUUUUCGAUGCAUUUUCCUGGCUCGGUUCCUAAACAGGGAACACAUCUGAAACACUGUUUCUACUCUGGAGAUGUCAAUUCUGACCGAGAUUCCUUUGCCGCUCUGAGUCUUUGUGGUGGACUAAGAGGAGCUUUUGGAUACCAAGGAGUGGAAUAUGUCAUCAGCCCUCUAAAAAAUAGUACAUUGAAACAGGUGCAAGGCAUUCUGCAGAGGCCACAUCUUCUGCAGCGCACAAAAAACAAUAGUCCUUCAACAGGUGCCACCUCCCGAUGUGGUGUGGGAUCAGGGUUGAACCAUGGUAUCUUGGAAGCUCUAGAGAGAUACAAAGGCUCCCGCCACAACAAAAGACCAUCAAAUGGGACCAGGACAGGCGGUGGCCAGAGAUCCAGGAGAUUUGCAUCCAUCACAAGGUACGUAGAGACCUUGAUUGUAGCUGAUGAAACAAUGCUCAAAUUUCAUGGGGAUGACCUUCAGCUUUACCUGCUCACCUUGAUGGCCACCGCAGCUCGUUUGUACAAACACCCCAGUAUCCAGAACCCCAUUAACAUUGCGGUGGUAAAGUUUAUGGUGCUGACAGAUGACGGUAAGGGACCCAAAGUCACGACCAAUGCAGCCAUGACCCUGAGAAGCUUCUGCAGCUGGCAAAAGAAAUGGAACAAAGUGAGUGACAAGCACCCCGAAUACUGGGACACAGCCAUCCUCUUCACUAAACAGGUGAGCCAUUAGGGGGCGCUAGAUGACAUGUUGCAACAAUCAGAGCUAGCAGGAAUGAUGUCUAAACUUGUGAUUUGUAUCUCAGUGAAUAUAGUUAUGAUCCAUGUCUAAAAGUACUUUGAAAGCCAUGAAAUUGUUAUUAACACAAAUAUAAUAAAAUUAUUAAAUUACAUAUAAAGUUCCUUAUCAGAGAGUUAUUCCAAUAUACAUCCAUUCAUAACUAGCCUGCAGGUUGUGAUGCCUUUCAGUGGAAUCAUUUAGAGGGGUUUGUUUCUGUGGGUGCCUUGACCUGUCUGAAAUCAUAUUAUUUUAAUGGUACGAACCAAUGUUAUAUGUUUUAGUUCAUUUCAUAAGCUAAAUAAUAACUGCAAUUUCAUUAAAAAAAAAUUUUUAUAAUGAAAUUUUUUUUAUUUUUUUUAUUUAUGACUUAGAAUUAUUGAACAAAAUAAGACAAUACACAUAUUAUGCCCAGGGAAAAUACAUUGAAACUGAUUAUUAACUGUAAUUACAUUUCAAUGCAAAAAUAACAGAAGCAGGGCGGGUGAUUUGGAAACGUGACAGCUUAUUUACAGCCAUUUCAUUAAAUGAAUCGGAUAUUUGGUAUUGUGUACUGGGAGCCUGUAUUAACAAUUUAACCAAUCAGAGUAGAUUUCUGGGGAUUUUUAUAAGCGGCAAUUGUUAUCAAUAAAUAAUUGUGGGGCGCAAAGGGUUAAUCAGCCUUCGCAUGGCUCUAGCAGAUUUUAGGAUUCCUGUUGUGUUUGUUUUGGAAGGAAUGAGUUCUAUAAGAAUGUUACAAGUAACUCUAUGCUCAUAGGAGAUUCAUUAAUAACAUCAUAUCUCUGGAGGAAAUGGGUGAAGAACAAACUGCAGAUUAGAGAAGGGGGAUCUGUAUGGCUUUUAGCUGCACAACAUGAUGGAUAUUGGGUGAUUAGAGGUAAAAUGUGUCCAAAGCAGGUUAUUACUCUUCAGGUUUCCAAACAGGUGGGUAGUGCGUGGUGUCGGUGAAUUAAAGAAACAGCGCUCUCUAAUCACAGAAACAUAUAAACUGAAUGAUACUGUACUUACAUGGUUUACAUAAGGACGAUAACAUGAAAUGAAGCAGUAAUAGGGUCCAGGGGUAUAGAGGAGAAUUCUGAGUUAUCCUUUGUGUUAUCAUAUCAGUGCGAAGACAGAAAGAAUUAAAGUUUAACAGCAUGUCGGUAGAUAAACCUGAAAUCACAUUGAAACCUGCUUUUAAAGAUUGUUUAUUUUGGCUGCAGCCUUUUUUUUUUUUUUUUGUAGUAGUAUUACCGCAGAAUGAAAAUCUCAGACUGGUGUUGGCAUUUGUUUUGAAAGCACCAACAGGCAGUGCAGAGUUGUACAGACAUGUUCAAAACUUGUGGGGACAAAAGAGAUAAUGUUUAUUAAGAAAUUAAUGGAACCAAGGAUAUACAUCGUAGUACUUCCAAGUGCUCUAUCAAUAUUACAUGUUAAAAUUUACAUAUUUCCCCAAGUCAGUAAUUCAUUAAACAGUAAGCUUAUAUGGGAUGACAGGUAGCAGAAUUGUAAACGUUUCACCCAACUCUACCACUCAGACUAUCUCACCUAACACAAUGCCCACAUAUACCAUCUUUUCCAGAGCUCAGUACUCACACAACAUCUCUACCAUCUCUUCCAGAGCCCAGUACUCACACAAUGUCUCUACCAUCUCUUCCAGAGCCCAGUACUCACACAACAUCUCUACCAUCUCAUCCAGAGCCCAGUACUCACACAACGUCUCUACCAUCUCAUCCAGAGCCCAGUACUCACACAACGUCUCUACCAUCUCAUCCAGAGCCCAGUACUCACACAACGUCUCUACCAUCUCUUCCAGAGCCCAGUACUCACAGAACAUCUCUACCAUCUCUUCCAGAGCCCAGUACUCACACAACAUCUCUACCAUCUCUUCCAGAGCCCAGUACUCACACAAUGUCUCUACCAUCUCUUCCAGAGCCCAGUACUCACACCAUCUCCCCCAGCGCCUAGUACUCACACCAUAUCAACUAACACAAUGACCAUACCAUCUCACACAUAGCACAGUAUCCACACCAUCUUGCCCAACAUACUGCCUAGGCUUCUCACCCAACACAUAGCCCAAACCAUCACACCCAUAGCCCAGUACUCAUGCCAUAUCACCAUACACAAUGCCCACACAUCUCACCCAUAGCCUAGUACCCACUCCACCUCAACCAAAACAAUGCCCACACCAUCCCAAACAACACAUUGCCCGUACCAUCUCAUCCAGAGCCCAGUCCAGCACUCGCACCAUCUUGCCCAACAUACUGCCCGUGACUUCUCAUGCAACAUACUUCUCAUACAAUAUCACCUAAUACAUUGUCCACACCAUCUCAUCCAACACAUGGCCCAUACCAUUUUACCCACAGCACAGUUGCCAUACCAUCUCACCCCUCAACCCACCAUGUCAUAUCUGCCAUUUUAAACCCCCAUAUAAUUGAUAAUUAAUCUCAUUAUCCUGUCUUUCUCUCUCCCCCAUGCUAUUUCUUCUCACUGCAUCAUCUCACCUAUUUCCAUGCAUCCUACCUCUUCCAAAUCCUUCCCCCAUACCAGCCCUCUCCUAUGCUCUUAUACAUUCUCCACCACUGUUCUACCAAAAUAUUCUCACAAUUAUGCCCCUUUUUCAUCUCCAUCAUUCCUCUUACUAUAAAACAUGCACCAAUCAAAUAUUCUCUCCAACAUUUUCACCAGUCUCCUCCUUCAUACCAAUUCGCUUUCCCACAAGUCAUGCCCACCAUUUUUCUCUAUUCUCCUUCAUCUUAACAUUGCCACCAUUCCGCUUCAUAAUAUCUUCACCAUUCUCCUCCUCCAUAAUAUCUCCACCAUUCUCCUCAUUCAUAACAUUUCCAUUAUUCUCCUCAUCCAUAACAUCUGCAUCAUUCUCCUACCUCAUAACAUCUCCACCAUUCUCCUCCACCAUAGCAUCUCCACCAUUCUCCUCCAUAACAUAUCCAUCAUUCUCCUCCACCAUAGCAUCUCCACCAUUCUCCUCUAUAACAUAUCCACCAUUCUAUAACACAACACCUCCACCAUUUUCCUCCACAUACAAUUUCUCACUCUUAUUUUCCUCCACUUAUUUUACAUCACUCCUAUUCAGUGGAAGGCCUAAAGGAACAAUUCAAGCACCAUAACAAAGUCACUGUAGUGUUUAUGGUGCCUCCAUUGUACGCAGACGACCAGUUUGACUUCUUACCUGUGGUCCACUAGACACUGCUCCCAGCCUCAAAUACAAAUGAUGAAGAGUCAGAAGCGGGUUGUCUGAUCUAAAGCUCUGCAGGGCUUAGCUCACUGGCUGAAAGUGAUCAGCUGAUUUUCUCAGCCAAUGAAACCCUACUUAUAAUGGGGUGGAUAGUCAGGGAGCUCCUGGCACCAUAACCACUACCAUGAUUUUAGUAGUUAUGGUGCUGGGAGUGUUUCUUUAAAGGAUCACUUUAGUAUCAGGAAAACAAACUUGUUUUCCUGACACUAUAUGACCCUUAGGUCCCACCCACCUGGAUUUUCGCAUUCAUUCGCAGAAGCGCCUCUAGCAGCUGUCAGGAAGACAGCCACUAGAGGCUGGAUUAACCCUGCUAUGAAAACAUAGCAAGUUCUCUGAAACUAUGUUUACAUCUAAAGGGUUAAAACCUGGGGGACCUGGCACCCAGACCACUUCAUUGAGCUGAAGUGGUCUGGGUGACUACAGUGUCCCUUUAAGUCUGUUUUGGGGAAUUACUCAAUAGUGAUCAAGCCCCUAUAACAUCACAAAGUAGAUAUAUUGACGUGGGACUUAACAUUUAUUUGGAAAAUGUUGUAUCUUUUUGUUAGUGUCCUCAAUUGAAGUCAUAUGUUGCCAGCUGGAGAUAAGCAGGGAUGAGAUUUUCUGUACUAUUGAAUGUUUCUCCCUAGGGGAGCAGAUAAGCCGCCCAAUAACAUACUGUACUUACACAAUGCUAUUUAACUGUUGCAAUGCAUGUCUGUUCGACUCCCGUUACCCAAUGCAUUGUUAUGGUCAUCUACAUCUGGCCCUUGAAAAGGCCAGGCAAGCAUUCUUCGUAAUUACUUAAAAAAAAGAUGUAAUCUGUGAGUUGCCCGACUAUGUCAGUUUACUGUUCAAAGCCAAGAACAACACAUGAGUUUUAUCAACAAAGCCAAGAAGUAAAUAAAAUGAGGAACGAAGGAUAGGCCGUUAUUGUGGCUGCAUUCGGUGCCAAAAAUGUACAAGUUAGAAUAACAUGGAAGGAAAUAGAUCGGUUUAUUGUAAGGUCUAAUUAUUGAUUCUACUAAAGGAAAAUAAUCCUUUUAUACUCAUCUUUUCUUUCUAAUUAACCUCUGUUGAUCUAUUAAAUGGCUUAAUUUUUUUUUUUUUUUAGCAGGAAUUGGUAAACCUUUCAUUAAGUUUAUCUCUUUCGUAUUGUCUGCUUUCCACAUCUAUCCUUUACUCUGCAAACUCUCUCCAACCUUGUCUGUCUGCUGUAAAAUGUACAUUCUGCAGCACAACCUACUUCUGUCUGAUUUAAAUGGCAAAUUACUUACUUGGGCCAUAGGUGGCUUCAUAGGCACCUCAUCCCAUCAGUGUCAGCUCAAUCCUUUUGUAGUAUUGUUAAUAUCAUAAUAAAUACAGUUUACUAUAACUGGAGUGCAUUGCUGGGCCUAUGUACAAAAUGGAUCUGCUCCCAAGAUAUACAUCUGAACGUGUAAACGUAAUGGUUUCAAUGGGCUCCUGAGGUAUAAUUCUCACGCUGUUUGCCUGUGGGCUUCUGGUAUAUAAAUCUUACCUGGUGUGCCUAUAAUCUUCUAGAGUAUGAAUAUGACUGGACAUGCCUAGAGGUUUCUGGGCUAUAAAUCUAACCUUGCGAGACUAUGGGCUCUUGGCAUAGAAAUAAACCCAUGUGCAAAGGGGCAGUUUAGAAAUCCUGGAUCUAAACCUUUGUGCGUAAUGGCUUCAGGUCAACAGUCUAGCCUUGUGGGCCUAUGGGCGUUUGGUACAUAAAUCUGCUCUUGUGUAGUUAUGGGUUUUUGGGAAAUUAAUCGGAUCUUUAUUACUGAGGAACAUCUUGGAUAUAACUGUGGAUAUGAGAGAAUCCAUGAUAUAACAUUGACAAGUACGUCAGCAGUUUUUUCUUUCUUUUUUUUUCUCGAUGGCGACUCUGUCCCACAAGCCCUUUAGGAGAGACAAACACACUGAACGACUGGCCGAGGCAUUCAUCCCCAGCUGGCUGAGGCAGACAGAGAAUAUUCCUGUAAAGACAUUUAGAGCCUUCAAAUCCCAGACUUCUCAACGCUGCCUCCUUCCAAACACCUUCUCCAGUUUCUCUGUGACUCCUGUAGCUUGGCUAGAAAUGACUGAAACCUUUACGAAUGGCACAUGUUUGGGGAACCUAUAAUUUUAAAAUAUUUGUUUCAGAAUGGUCAACCAGCCAACGGGAGAUUCGAUCAACCACUGGGUGGAUAUAAAUCUGCUGUGUUGACAUUUAAGUCUCACCUGAUACUGUAACAGUGUAUACAACAUCUAUUCCUGGUUGAUCACAUGCAGAAAUUCCACGGUUCCCAGUGGUGGGCUGAUUAUUUUAGCUAUAAGUAAUAUAUGUGGGAAUUUGCCAUGGUACGAGGAGAUGAGAUUAACAGGGACAGUAAUAUCAGUAUUGCCAUUAGAUAAAAGAACAGGGCAAAAGGGAGGUUUUAGAAAGUUGAUGGGCCUUUUUAUUGCACAGCUUUUUAUACUAACAAUCAAAUCUCCUAGAACCACUUGGCCCCCACCCAGUAUUACAUAGUGACCAAGCUGGCUCUGUAAAUGUCUGUGGCAGAAGGUGUGAAGUGCCAUUAGGUGUUUGAUGAGUGCCUUGUAGUGCAGAGAUACAUGUUGUCUUCAGAAGAUUACAGACUAGCGAUGAGGUUAAGAGUGGCAGAUAGACAUGCCAGCGAUAAAUGCCCUUUGUGGUCAGCAGACUCUCACGGUUCAGCAGGAGGAGGAAUCUGAUCUGAGAGCUGUAAAGGGUAGUAUUUGGCACGUUCCCAGCAUUGUUUAAGAAAUUACAGGAAAUGACAGGUUCAAAGAACAUACCUGAGAUCUUUCUAAUACUUAACUUUUGUUAAGUCUUGUCCUGGAAGCUACCAGUUCUUUAUUGGGCAGUGAGUGAGACCACUAUGUAGACUUUAGAUGUUAAAUUACAUCAGUGUAUGGGUGGUGGAAGAAAGUAUGAAUAUCCCAAGCUGCUGGACAGUACUUUUUAUUUACCAUCUGGCAUUUGAGAAGGAUGGCAUCUUCAGUCCAUCACAGAGACUAAAAAAAACCCUGUCCCCUUCUCCUGCAUUCUGACUUUAUUUAUUGUCCUCCAUCCUCUCUCUCCAAGUCCUUCUCUCUCCUCUUUCUUCUUCCAAUACUGCAUGUUCUUCCACCCAAUCCUCUCAGCCCCUCUCCAUUUCCUCUAGCCUUUAUUUCCAAAUCCCAAUGUAAUCUAAGUGAUUUUCUUUUGAUCUGAAGGAAACUGCUGGUAAGACUGAUCAUGUACAAAUAGCUUCCCUUAGCCAGACAACUGCAAACAUCACUAGAUAACAUUAAUAGAUAAACUGGGGAUUCAAUGUAAAAUCUUGUAUUUUAGAGUUGUGGGAAAAAGCUCUGAACACGAUGGAAUUUAAAUGUUUUGUUCUGAAUCCAGGACUCUUGAUCUUACUGAAGUUUUAAGAAAUUCCUUCUAUUGGUUGCAGUGAUAUCAACCACUCUAAAAAAAGAAAUCUAGCUUUUAUUCUGGGAAAAUACAACUGGAAAAUAAUUAAAUUAACAUAAUCGCACUUGGCACGAGUCAUGAGAAUAACAAGGUAUGUUAUAUUUUUAACCCAAGUCCUGGAUUGAAUCAGAUUUUCUUGGUCCUUUUGGGAUUAUACAUUGCUGAGAAUAUUCUUUGAACAUUAUUUCGGUUGGGGCAGAAUACUCUAUUAAAUAUUAGCAGGGAUGUCUAUUGGGAGAGGCAGCUUUCUCAAUUCUAUUUUAUCUAAUGGGUUUAUGGGGUCAGUCUGUAACUUGUAAUCCAGGAGAUGCUGGUCAGGUGGUGCGGAUCCGGUGAAAGAUUCAUUAAUAUGCCCAGGAAAUUAGGAAUGCUUCAUAAUUUAACCAUGAGUUUUGGUGAAUUAAGAAGUGACUUGUAACAUUUAAACCAAAUCAGUUACGCUGGAAAUGUUAUUAGUUUUUAUUUAUAAAGGGUCAGAAUACAAUGAUGUACAGUGGGUAAACAAUACAUCGAUAACUCUGACAUAAAAAGGUAGGCAAAUUCUGCCUUAAUGAAACCUUGUAACAUGUCAAUAUGUUUUGCACGCCCCCAUCCAUUAUCUAAAAUAAAUCCAGCAAACCAAUCUCCACUAGGGGCUCCUACUACAGUGAGGGGAUUUACCAUUAGGGGCUAGUCCUAUAGUGAGUGGCUUCUCCAUUAGGGGCUCCUCCUACAGUGAGGGGGCUUCUCUAUUAGGGACUCUUCCUACUUUGAAGGUGGCUCCACCUACAGUGAGGGGGCUUCUCCAUUAGGGGCUCUUUCUACAGUGAGGGACUUCUCCAUUAGGGGGCUCCUCCUACAAUGAAGGUGCUUCUCCAUUAGUGGCUCCUCCUACAUUGAGGGGGCUUCCCCAUUAGGGGCUCUUUCUACAGUGAGGGACUUCUCCAUUAGGAACUCCUCCUACAGUGAGGGGGCUUCUCCAUUAGGGGCUCUUUCUACAGUAAGAGACUUCUCCAUUAGGGGGCUCCUCCUACAAUGAAGGUGCUUCUCCAUUAGCGGCUCCUCCUACAUUGAGGGGGCUUCCCCAUUAGGGACUCCUCCUAUAAUGAGGUGGCUUCUCCAUUAGGGACUCCUCCUAUAAUGAGGGGGCUUCUCCAUUAGGGGCUCCUCCUAGAGUGAGGGGGCUUCUCCAUUGGAGGAGGCUUCUCCAUUAGGGACUAGUCCUACAGUGGGGGGAGGGAUUCUCCAGUAGGGGCUCCUAAUACAGUGAGGGGGCUUCUCCAUAAGGGACUCCACCUACAGUAAGGGGGCUUUUCCAUUAGGGGUUCCUCCUACAGUGAGGGGGCUUCUCCAUUAGGCAGAUGUUCCUCCUACGUGAUUUCCCUAAUGGGUGACUCUUCUUCUAGAGAAACACUGGGCAUGUCGGGGACACCGCCACAAUCAGUCAAUCAAAGUUCAAUUAUUAGUUUAUUAGUUAUUGGGUUAUUAUUAUAAUGAUAAUUAGGAUUUUAGUAAAUCCUGCAAGUCGGGGGAAAGGUCCAAUUAAGUAAGGCAUGUGUUGCAAAACAGGGAAAUGGAAACAUCUUUUUAGCAAGAGUUUGGGGUCAUGGCAGGAGAAUAGUUGCUGGCAGAAUACUGAUGGACGUAUUGUGUUCUCGAUGAGCAUACCUAGAUCAGGGUGCAGUCACAGGGUGAUUUGUAGGAUUUAAAAUGCAACCCUAAAUUACACAGGACCCUAGUGUCAUGAUCACCAACAGCUGUGCGGUGUGAGAGGACCAGCAGGUACACAUUGUAACCCUCACUAAUCGCCCAGGCUAUGUUCGCUAACACACUGCAAUGUGAUUGUUCACUGCAAUUCCUCAUUUAAUAAAUAAAUCUCACUUUGUCAAUGUUGUGGGAGAUUCCUUAGACGCACCUGGAGUUGGUCCGGUACAUGUGUUUGCAUUGACAGCAACGUAUGUAUGCUGAUUUGUAAUGUCUUACCUUCCAUGUGGUCUUUACCCUCAUUUUUUGGAGAAUUUGACUCUUGGAUCUAAAAGAGCCAGACAUUACGCUUUCUGCAUUCCAACAUCUGGCAUUAUGUUUGCCUCCUUUACCCCCAGCAACUCAGACAUAUGUUUGUGCGCUGCAUGUGAAGAGUCACCAGCACUGAUGUUUAACCCCUGUGAUACGGAUGUCACUGAGUAUUAAGCCUUCCUGAGAUUAGAAGGGGAUUGCCAGAAGUGGGGGGGGGGGGGGGGGGGGGGGGCUGUGAGAGACAGGGUCCUCAGAAUUAAAAUAAACAAACUUUACUGAGGGAUCUUUGGAAAUCAAAUGGCAAAAUCUAAACCUUUUAUGUGAUAUUUCCAUUAUUCCCCAGCACUAAGCAUCUACCUAGACGUCGGGGGGUAGGAGGGGUAGGUUACCUGCUGCCCAUCUGAUUGUGUGUACUGGGGGGCACCUGACUUUCAUAUCCCUAUCAAUGACAAUGGUUGGCACCUUGCAGCCAGCCCCAACGCUUUCUGUGAAUAUUGGGCAAUCUCUGCAGCCAGCCCCAACGCUUUCUGUGUAUAUUGGGUACACUCUGCAGCCAGCCUCAACGCUUUCUGUGAAUAUUGGGCACUCUCUGCAGCCAGCCCCAAUGCUUUCUGUGUAUAUUGUGCACACUUUGCAGCCAGCACUGUGGCAUUCUGUGUUUAUUAUAACAAACAAAGUGACAAGCUGAGCCCAAAAAGGUGUAGUAUAAAUGUACAGCACCCUUGUGCUAAUAUAAAUGCAUAUAUUUACAUAUACUUCUAUGAGGUCGAUGUAUACAGUUAUUGAACGACUUUUAGUAGCCUCAAAAGGGAGAAAAAAGAACAGCAAAUAGUGCAAUAUGUAACAAUAUAUGCAAUGUUUUGUAUAAAGUGUAUAGAGGGCCAACUCACACUUUACUGAGCUACUAAGAGCUCUGCUGUAAAUCGUCUGGAUGGUACAAUCCCCGUCUUAGGAUAUGUGGAGCUUUGUUAUGAUUGCCAUCCAGUAUCUAUAGGGAAAAUAAAGCAAAAGAAGGCUUAUGGUGUAGUAUGUCUAUACACAAGGUAGGUAGUAAAUAAGUGGUAUCCUACUUACAAUAUACAGAGCAAUGACUUGCUCUGGUUUAGAGAGUGUUGCUGGUAUUAUCCCCACCUGGGAUAUGCAGGAUGUACCAGGAAAUACGAUGACAGGUAUAAGAUGAUAAAACAAUAAACAUUUACUUGUAUAUAAAUUAAAAAUACUUUAUUAGUAUAUUGUUUAAAAAGGUAUAAAUGUCCGGACGCAUUCUGUGUACAUUUGUUCACUCUCUGCAGCCAGCCCCAAUACAUUCUGUGUACAUUGGGCACUCUCUGCAGCCAGCCCCAAUGCAUUCUGUGUACAUUGGGCACUCUCUGCAGCCAGCCCCAAUGCAUUCUGUGUACAUUGGGCACUCUCUGCAGCCAGCCCCAAUGCAUUCUGUGUAUAUUGGGCACUCUCUGCAGCCAGCCCCAAUGCAUUCUGUGUACAUUGGGCACUCUCUGCAGCCAGCCCCAAUGCAUUCUGUGUACAUUGGGCACUCUCUGCAGCCAGCCCCAAUGCAUUCUGUGUACAUUGGGCACUCUCUGCAGCCAGCCCCAAUGCAUUCUGUGUACAUUGGGCACUCUCUGCAGCCAGCCCCAAUGCAUUCUGUGUAUAUUGGGCACUCUCUGCAGCCAGCACUGACACAUUCUGUGUACAUUGGGGAAAGGAUGUAACUCCUGGAGAGCAAAAAAUGGGGCACAAGAGAAUACUGAGAACGGGCAGCAGCUGAAGUAGCCUGCCCUUCGGUUGGUCUCCACUCAGAUCUCAAGCUGGUUUUAGCGCAUAUUGUGCCAUUACAGAGAGAACAUCUCUGAAACAUAUCAGACUGGUCCCACCCAUACGGGCAGUCCAGAUUUGAAAUGCCAGCAAGUUCCCUCUGCACGAGAGAUACAGCAACCCCAGACGAUCGUUUCAGCCUUGUUAGGCAUCAUCAGUGAGGCAUAGCUGAUAGCUCUCUAGGCACCGUGAGCAGGGGGUCCACGUCUGGAUUACCCUUUAAACUUGUGGAGAGAAAAAACGGGGCAGAAGAGAAAGGGUAAUCCAGAUGUGGACCCCUUGCUCACGGUCAGGGCCGGCCUUAGGGGUGUGCGAGCUGUGCGACCGCACAGGGCGCCAUGGAACAGGGGGCGCCCUGUGGCCGACACAGCUCACUCAUGGCCGGAGUGCAGGGGGGCUAAAAGAGGUACCUGGCUGGAGGAUUAAUUAUUCUCCACCCGGGUCUAUUAAAAAAAAAAAAAAAAUCGCGGCAGAGGGGGCGGGGUUUACCGAGCGGCGGAGGCGGGGCUUAUCGAGAGGCGGAGACGGGGCUAAUACCUCCCGAAGCCCCUGCUGUACAGGAAGAGGGAAAGAUGCUUCCCCAUCAGCCAACUGCAUCCACUGGAAAGAGGUAAGUGUGUGUGUGUGACUGUUUGCCUGUUUGUGUGACUGUCUGUCUGUGUGUGUGUGUGACUGUCUGUCUGUGUGACUGCCUGCCUGUGUGCGUGUGACUGUGUGUGUGUGUGUGACUGUCUGUGUGACUGCCUGUCCUUGUGUGUGUGUGUGUGACUGUCUGUCUCUGUGUGUGUGUCUGACUGUCUCUGUGUGUGACUGCCUGCCUGUGUGUGACUGUCUGUGUGUGUGUGACUGUCUGUCUGUGUGACUGCCCAUGUAUGUGACUGCCUGUGUGUGUGACUGUCUGUCUGUGUGACUGCUGUCUGUGUGACUGCCUGUGUGUGUGAGACUGUCUGUCUGUGUGACUGUCUGUGUGUGUGACUGUCUGUCUGAGUGUGUGACUGCCUGUGUGUGUGACUGCCUGUAUGUGACUGCCUGCCUGCCUGUGUGUGUCUGUCUGUAACUAUCUGUCUGUGUGUGACUGCCUGCCUGUGUGUGUGACUUUCUAUCUGUGUGACUGCCUGCCUGUGUGUGUAUAACUGUCUAUGUGUGUGUUACUGUGUGUCUGUCUGUGUGUGUGACUGCCUAUGUGACUGUCUGUCUGUGUGUGUCGCUGUAGCUGUGCCAUUGUUUGUGCCUGUGCCUGUAUGUGUGACUGCCUUUAACUGAGUGUGUGUGUACAUGCCUGUAACCGAGUUUAAAUUUCCCCCACCCCUUCCUGUCAAGGCCGCACUUUGACUGACAGACGCUCACUCACUGACAGACGCACACUCACUGACGACACAUACACACUCACUGACGACACAUACACACUCACUGACUGACACAUACACACUCACUGACUGACACAUAUACACUCACUGACCAACACACACAUUCACUCACAGACACACACACAUUCACUUACAGACACACACAAUUACACACUUACAGACACACACACACACACACACAUUCACUUCAAAAUAAACACUCACAGACACACACACAGACAUUUCCACUAACACUCACAAACUAAUAUUUUUUACAUUUAUUUUAAAUCCACCCAGCCUCCCUGGGAAAGCUGGAGUGGAUUUCUUACCAGCAGUCCAGUGUGGCUGCUGGGCAGGCAGGCAGGGGGCGCACAGGCUGAGUAAGCAGCGCUUAGUGAUGCCGGGAGCCGGACUGACGUCAUAUUCUGGCUCCCGGCUUCAUUAAGCGGCGCAGAGGAAGCUGAGCAGGAAGAGCUCAGGUGAGUAUGCUCCUUCGCUGCCCGCUGCCAGCCUUGGGGGGGCUCAAAAGUGGCCAGCCGGUCAGCUCUUGAGCCCCCCAGGAUGCGAGGCAAGCAAGGGAUCUGCCUGGGGGUUUGGAGGGAUGCUUUUUUUUGCCGCCCCCUGCAAAGUGGCGCCCAAGGCAGAUGCCUUGUUUGCCUCGUGAUACACACGUCCCGGUGCCUGUGUGUGUUACUGUAUUCAGGCAACUUGGUGGGAGGUGGGGGGGGCGCCGUGAAGACUUUUUGCACAGGGCGCCUAAUUGCCUAAGGCCGGCCCUGCUCACGGUGCCUAGAGAGCUAUCAGCUAUGCCUCACUGGUGAUGCCUAACAAGGCUGAAACGAUUGUCUGGGGUUGCUGUAUCUCUCGUGCAGAGGGAACUUACUGGUAUUUCGGAUCUGGAUUGCCCGUAUGGGUGGGACCAGUCUGAUAUGCUUCAGAGAUGUUCUCUCUGGAAUGGCACAAGAUGCGCUAAAACCAGCUUGAGAUCUGAGUGGAGACCAACCGAAGGGCAGGCUAUUUCAGCUGCUGCCUGUUCUCAGUAUUCUCUUGCGCCCCGUUUUUUGCUUUCCAAGGAUGUAACUCCACCUGCUUCCGCUCUUGCUGUGAUGCUCAGAAAAUGAACUCCCGUGAGUAGCCUUGAAAUCAUUACUGCCAUGUUUUUCAAUAAAAAGUGUAUUGUCCCGAAUUGGCAACAAGACUCAUGGACUAUGUUAUGGACUAUCCACGUUUGCAGUGGCUAGUAACUUUUAAGUCCUGGCUAUUAGUGUAGGCCCUGAUGUAACACACAUUAAAAUAAUAGAUACAUCAGAGUAUCAGAGUUCAAUGUCUCCUGUUAAAGGUGUACUCUCUUUUUGGAUAAUUUCCCAGCUUCUGUGACCCCCUCACCCAUGACACUCUCAGUGUUAUUCACUAGUUGAAUUCGAAGUGAAUUUGACAUUUAAAAGAACACUAUAGUGUCAGGAAUACAAACAUGUAUUCCUGACACUUUAGUGGUAAAAUAACUAUUUAGGUGAUUGUACUCACCUUUUCUCCCACGUUGCACUAGUCUCGCCUCCAUGGCUGAGAUCAUCAAAUUUCACAACCUCAGCCAAUCAAAUGCAAAACACCUUGCUGUGCUAAUCAGCAUCUCCUCCUAGAGAUACAUAGAAUCCAUGCAUAUGGUGAACGUUCAGCGCCUCCAUGCAAAGGAUGGGGACACUGAAUGUUAGUGAAAUACUAACCCAAGAAGAACGUCUAGUGGCCAUCUGAGUGACUAGGCCACAAUGUAAGCACUGUCUUUUCAGAGGGCUAUCUCACUAAUCCCACCCGGCUGAAUAGAUAUAUUCCAGUCCUCCUGGACACUGGAGUCGUUUUGGAGUAUUUUUACGGCAAGGAUAAUGCUUGGCCUAAAAUGACUCAUCCCAUCAUCUUGGGGUUCCCCUCUGAAAUGUUCCUUCAUUCAUAUUGUCUGGUUACAGUAUGUCCUCACAAUCCACCUCAAUGACAUCAUACAAUUUAAUAUAUAUAUAUAGAUAGUGAACAGCGUGAUCAAUCUGACCGAUUACAACAUGUCAUAAUAAUAUAUCUUAAUGACAUCACUAAAAGGACACUGCAGGAACCAUAACAACUUAAUUAACAAUAAGUAGUUGGUGCAAUGACAUUUCUGUAUUAAACAAUUGCUUUUUAGUUAACGGUAGACGAGUUUGAGGUUGUGUGGCUUAGAUUGAUGGGCAGUGUACGGGUUUGGGUUUCCACCUCUGGAAAUGAUGACGCAGUGAAACAAGUUUGCAUUUUACAAUGUUUCUCCAGAGAUAGAACGUAAACUAUUUAUUGAAUUAGAUUUUGUAUUAUUUACCUUCUUUAAUUGUGCCUACAUUUUGGAUAUAAAAGGGUGCAGAGAGAUGAUGAACUGAGCUAGUGAGAUAUGCAAGUUGUUUUUCAUUUUUCAUCAUGUGGCUAUGUGAUUCUUUUUACCAAACACUGGCACAUGUUUUCAUUUGAACCAUAAUUUAUUGAUCACAGCACAGAGAGGUAGCUGAGCCCAGAAAGCAGCCAUCUGCUCUUGAACUCUGGUAGGAAAGCAAAGCCAAUGUGAUUUCUGUAUAGAGGCACUAAGUCAUUUCGGUGAGCUGUCCGUCACAUCUGCCUGUCUUUUGUGAUGUGAUAGAAUGCAAUCACAGGGUGAAUUAUGAGUAUUGCGCAUGGUCUGCAAGACAGGAGGCCUUCCUUAUGGAUGGAGGAUUUGUGCUCUCUGCGAUAAAUCUGCCACUCCUUUCAUUUAUAACGCUAUCGAUGGUUUUAUAUCGAGACCAAUAGAUUCUGAUGGCACCAGACACACAGAUGAAGGAAUGUCUGAUACCAAAAAAUACUCCUGAUUUAGACAUGGCUAGAAAUGUCCUAGUAAAUAGACGAAGAUUAAUGGAGCAGCUUCAAAUUAGGGGGUCUCAUCCACUCCCUUUAUCCUAAAAACACAAUAACAACAUUUAUCAGUUUAAGUGUUGUUUCUCCUGUCCACCAUUGCUGAUGGAAUGUAAAGUAAUUGUGAUGAUUUUCUUCACACACCUUCAUCACCCAAUCAAACUCACCCAUCGUCCUCACCCACCUUCAUCACCCAAUCAAACACACCCAUCGUCCUCACCCACCUUCAUCACCCAAUCAAACACACCCAUCGUCCUCACCCACCUUCAUCACCCAAUCAAACUCACCUAUCGUCCUCACUCACCUUCAUCACCCAAUCAAACUCACCUAUCGUCCUCACCCACCUUCAUCCCUUACAUUCAUCACCCAUCAUCCUCAUCCACCUUCAUCACUCACCUACAUCACCCAUUGUCUACAUUCACCUUCAUCACCCAUCGUCAUCACCCACCUUCAUCACCCAUUGUACUCACCCACCUUCAUCACCUACUGUCCUCACCCACCUUCAUCAGUCUUCUUCCUCAUCCAUCUUCAUCACUUAUAGUCUUCAACCACCUUUAUCUCUCAUCUACAUACCCAACUUCAUCACCUUUCAUCCUUACUGUCCUUCAUCACUCACCAACCUCACCCUCAUUCAUCAGUCACCAUCCUCACCUAUUUUCAUCACUUAUUGUCCUCAAAAAUCUUCAUUACUCAUCAACCUUACCUAUCUUCAUCACUAAUUGUCCUCACCCACUAUUCCUUAUUUGCUGCUGCAUGUUCAAAAAAACCCUCUCCUGGCUUCUCAUUUCAUGGAGAAUACAAUACAAAAAGGAUCCUUGAUUCAUCUACAUAAAAAUACAUUCAUAGUUAAUUUAUUUGCUGAAUUCCAAAGCCAAAAUUUAAAGUAACCAUGAUUUAUUAUGACUUUCUUGUACCGGAGAACCCAGUAACUUUAACAUCUAUAAAUGACAUUUGUAGAUAGACCUGUUCGGUAUUCAGUCAUUCUUGAUUCCAAAAAAAGAAAGUAUGUGUUACACAUUUUGAUCAUAAUAUAAUUUCCUAAUAGUUCUGUACAGAAUAACUGACUGUCCAAUUGCAGUUCCAACAGGUGACAAAGGUGGGCUGCCAGGAUUGAGAUACGCGCAGUUCUUCUACCAGGGAUGUUUAUAGUUUAUAUAACCGGCUAAUUGCUUUUAUGUACCUUGUAAUAUUGGGACUUUGAAAUCGCUUUCUUGUAUCAUGUAUCAUUGCUUCAAGGGUUCGUACCAGGCUUCUGGGAACAUGGGAGAGGAAAGAUAACAAAUUAAAUUCUUCUCCAAAUAGCUGCAGGGAUACAGUGUAUAAAGAAAAAAGAAUUUCAGGAAUCCUCUGAACAGCAGACUGACCAUGAGAGAGAGCUCCCAAGCAAUGCAUCAAAGGACCCCUGUCACUUCCUAAAUGUUAUAUAUGAGUCGUGCUAUUUAGAAAAAAUACACAAAUUUUAUUUUAUUCAACUUACAUCACAUGCCAGGCUGUCGUCAUGGCAUAGCUGGGCAUGUGAUACAAAUAUCCGUGACCUGAAUGAUGCUGGAUGUGGGCACGGUAAGAGGGCAUUCGCUUGCAUGCCAAUGCAUGCACACGCAUGUUCACUUCAUUAGAAGCAAACAUUUGUGUGUGUUGUGGAGGUAAGUGUGUUUGGUUUUUGUUGUGUAAAUAUUUGUUUAGGCUUUUUUUCUUCAAAGACAAAAGAACAACAGUUAGAUCAGAUCACGUAGGCUCCAAGAAGGUAACAGAUCCAAGUUGCAUAAACAUAAACUAUGAGGCUGACAUAUCUCUAUGGUUUCAAGACAGGUGACUUAAAAUUGUAGGAGCAUAAUGAUUCAGCAAUAGACCUCAAAUAGCGUAAUUCUUCAGUUAGCGCACUAUAUAUCAGUGUAUAUGUGCUUAAGUGUAUGUGGAAAAGCAGAAAGUAGAGUUCAAAGUAUAAUUAAAAGAAAGUCAGUAAAGAGAGGGAAAGUCGAAAGAAAAGGUUUCCUAUGGUCGUUCCCACCUGCCCUUUAGGCUACUUGACACCUGCCCUCUGUCCCACACGGUGGCUGUGGUCCUCGAAGGAGUGUCUGAAAUUCAGUGGUUACUGUGAUCAUGAUCCAGUGUGUCCAGAUAGACAUAUAUAUGUGUGUACGUCCUAAUGCACUAAAGGUAAGUACCUCUAUCGCCCUGAGAUCCUCCACCCUGGAGAACCAGAACUGUAUUGAGGGUGUGUAAGGUUUGCACCACAUUAGGGGAAUUAGAUGUAUAGCAACAUUCAAGAUGGUCAGUGAUUUAUUUGUAAAUAGAAGUCACCACUGAGGUAUGGUGGAGGAGGAACGAUUCCUAAUGAAUUGGUGGAGGCUGGUCAAUAAAUAGAUUAAUUAUGUCAUAUACCUGCUUCCAAAACAGUUAUGCAUGGACAAUCCUAUCGGAUAUGUUGAUAAGGGCCCAGUGUGUCAUUCACCAUCCUCAGAGGGAUCAAAUCUGCUUAGGAUCUGCAGAGAUAUGUACCACAUGCAAAGUAACAUAUAUGCAGAUUCAUGUGUUCUGCUAGACAGGGAACACUGGUGAAUAAAGUUACACGUUUUCUCUGUGUGGUUCUUAAAAAGUAGUUUAUGGGGGGAGGGGCCUGACAACCAAGAUGGCCGGACAUGUUCUGUGAUAGCUCUGGAAUACUCGAGCUUGUAAUAAGUCUUUUCUGCUGAAAACCACUCUGGAUGCCGCUUCACAUGACCUGUGCACUUAUUAACACUGAGUGGGAACACAGGGUUACUUGGGUUGACGAGAAAUACAGUGAACUGGAUUCAUCUGACACUGAGGCCUAUCUUUAACCCGUGGGAGAUAUACCGGUCCACACUGGAGAAACUCACCUAACUGCAACAGCGGAAUCCCCGGCUGAAAAGCCGACUGCAUGACGCUCCCAAGAUGGCAGCUGCAUCGCAACCCUCACGACACCAAGACCAUACAAUCAUCCUGACCUGGAGAGUGUUUUAAUGCCAAUUUCGAUCAAAUAUGUCAGAAGAUCUGGGAAUGCAUCUACGGCAAACCUCACAUCAUCACUCCAAUUGAACAGUCCGAACCUCGUGCUGUGCGUCGAAGCAGCUAUCCCACUCCGAGCUGGGGGUUCACGCGGAGGGAACUUCUACCAGACGCCCACAUACCCAGCGGGUUCUCCAACCUAUGCUCAUCCUUUAGGCUCGGGGACCCUGCAGAGAGGUGCUAGAGGGUCUGUGGACAUGCAGCUCCGGCUCUUCUUGGCAUGGGGGGUGAAGAACCAUGUUGUGGUGGUUCACCUACAGCUUACAUACCCGGAGUCCAGCUACCUCCUAAGCACAGCAUAAGGAAAAGCAAUGGCAUCCUACCUAGACUGGAGCUGGACUAUUUAGUGUGGACAAUGUGUGGUGUGUGAUGAAUGUCUGGCGAUAGUGGUCCUGCUCACUCACAGUUCAUCCAGUUCACAGUGCAAGGACUCAUCUAUUUUUCUUCUCUCCUAGACUCUUAUAUGUGACAAGUAUCCAGUGGCAUUAUUAAACACACGUGCUCUACAGUAAUCUCACGUUAGCUAUUUUACACCUAGUUUAUAUCAUGCGUCUAGUUUGUUUCUCUUCUCUUACUAUUUCAAACUAAGUAAAUUAGCCUGUUUCUUUCUCCUCAUGUUUUAUUACAAGUAAAGUCAGAUGUCAUUCUAAGCAGACAUCUUUCUAGCUCCUCUCCUGACUCACAUUCUUACAUCCUCUCGUGCUCAAAAUAUAAACAUUGUGCAGGUUUGUGGAAGCAACACUAAUGUUUUCUAUUAUGUUUUACUUUUGCGUGCUGAUGCUGUUGUGGCAAUGCAAGCUUGUAUUGUUAUAUGUGCACAACAAAAAUAAAGAAUUAUAAAAAAAGUUGUUUUUUAGGCUAUUUUACAGCAGCCAAAAAAGGCCGGAGUUGGGAACUUACUUUGCCAUUGAAGGGUGUAUAGAAAAGAGAUCUCAUGCUCUGUACGUCAAAGUCUGUCAAUUUUCGUGUGAGGCAGGGGUCCCUGUACUAGAUUUUGUAACGGUACCCAUCAGUAUCUCCGUAAGGAAGUGGCGGACCUGAGGCACCUUUUGUUGAAAUAGUGUUUGUAAAACCCUGGAUUAUAACCCAGAAGGGAAGGAGGGAUUGAAAACCAAUGGAGGUAACACUGAGGGAAAGGAAAAUAGGUCCAUGGGUUGUGCAAGGGCAUGUCAGAUAGUAUACUCGUGGCCCAUUUAUAAUAACAACCUUUUCUAAGUGUCUACUCGACUGCUUGUCUAAAUGUAGAUAUUCCUUAUUCCAUUGUGUACAUAGCAGCGCUUGUCCCUGAGGAAUUGCCUGGAGGUGACAAAACGCUUAGGACUGUUAUAUUGCUGUUCCUUACCUAUGUGGAAGUAAUAAAGACUAUUUUUGCACUUUACUCGAUCCUUGUUUCACACUUUUCACUUUAUUCCUUUAUGUUCCAUUAUAUAUGAUACCGAGUGGAAACGUGAAAAAAUACUUCCUGACCAGGAUAAUUUGAAGGCUUCAUUUAUUCUGCAUAAUAGUGAAUGGCCAGUUGGAAUUUGCUCAGAGUGGCGAUUGCGUACAACAUUGCAGUAUGUUAUGCUAUUCGUUUUUUUAGAGGAACUACCCUUGUACACUAUACAUCUAAAUGUAGCAAUGCCUGCUUGGGCCUACCCACCAGGACACCAUAUGUUUCUUCCCAGUGUCCCCUCCUUCACCCUUUCAACCACCCUCAGGAGAUGACAAGCGUAAUAAAAGUUUGGUACUGCUAGAACCCCCUGGACUUUUCUGUUUAUUCAGUAUCUAUAGCUAUAUAUCAAUAACAACAUAUUUGGAUAAUUAAAUUUUUAUAAUAUUUACAGUUUCCAGGAGAGCAGAUCUCUUCCUUCUCAGGAAUCCUUACAGGUCACAGUGACAAAGAACGUGGGUUUUGACAUCAUAUGACAUCACUUUCAACAUUUUCAGUUUCAGACCAGCUUGCUGAUUUAUUAAUACAUUAUACAGUAACGGUGCUAUUCUUCUCCCCAUUGUCUACUUUAUGUCUCUUGAUCCCCACUUAGUGGAGAAGGGACAUAUAUCUUGAUUAUUAUUAUUAUUAUUUAUAUAGCUCCAACAUAGUUUGCUGCACCUCGCAGUUUGAUGAAUUUUUCAGGACAUUAAAGGAACACUAUAGUCACCUAAAUUACUUUAGCUAAAUAAAGCAGUUUUAGUGUAUAGAUCAUUCCCCUGCAAUUUCACUGCUCAAUUCACUGUCAUUUAGGAGUUAAAUCACUUUGUUUCUGUUUAUGCAGCCCUAGCCACACCUCCCCUAGCUAUGAUUGACAGAGCCUGCAUGAAAAAAAAAACUGGUUUCACUUUCAAACAGAUGUAAUUUACCUUAAAUAAUUGUAUCUCAAUCUCUAAAUUGAACUUUAAUCACAUACAGGAGGCUCUUGCAGGGUCUAGCAAGCUAUUAACAUAGCAGGGGAUAAGAAAAUCUUAAUUAAAAAGAACUUGCAAUAAAGAAAGCCUAAAUAGGGCUCUCUUUACAGGAAGUGUUUAUGGAAGGCUGUGCAAGUCACAUGCCGGGAGGUGUGACUAGGGUUCAUAAACAAAGGGAUUUAACUCCUAAAUGGCAGAAGAUUGAGCAGUGAGGCCGCAGGGGCAUGUUCUAUACACCACAAUUGCUCCAUUAAGCUAAAGUUGUUCAGGUGACUAUAGUGUCCCUUUAACGGUUAUAUUUUUUGUUGAACCAAGAGAAUAGAUUGUACAAAUGUAUCUGGGUAAAAUAGGAUGGCAUUUUUGAUUGCUGUCUUAAGCUGUCCUGAUCUGACUUAAUAACACAAGACAAAGAUUAUGGCUGGCUUCCCAACUCUAAAACCGUCCAGUCUGUAACUAGAAACGGUGUAUUAAAGCCAGUGCAAGAAUUCACUCAAAUAGGGACUUAUUCACUAAAGUGUGCAUUGUCAGGAAUGCAAAGUGAUUUUUAUGUUGUCAUCCAAAGCAGCUGAAUUAAUAACAUAGCUGAAAAAUGUUUCAGUCAGGCUAUUGUGGCCUAAGAUUUUAAAUUCACUUUCAAUUCCCAGCAAUUAAAACUUUCAUGAAUAUCCUAACAGUGUCUGCACUAUGUGUCAGUAGGUUGUAUGGACUAACAGUGUCUGCACUGUGUGUCAGUAGGUUGUAUGGACUAACAGUGUCUGCACUGUGUGUCAGUAGGUUGUAUGGACUAACAGUGUCUGCACUAUGUGUCAGUAGGUUGUAUGGACUAACAGUAUCUGCACUAUGUGUCAGUAGGUUGUAUGGACUAACAGUAUCUGCACUGUGUGUCAGUAGGUUGUAUGGACUAACAGUAUCUGCACUGUGUGUCAGUAGGUUGUAUGGACUAACAGUAUCUGCACUGUGUGUCAGUAGGUUGUAUGGACUAACAGUAUCUGCACUAUGUGUCAGUAGGUUGUAUUGACUAACAGUAUCUGCACUAUGUGUCAGUAGGUUGUAUGGACUAACAGUAUCUGCACUAUGUGUCAGUAGGUUGUAUUGACUAACAGUAUCUGCACUAUGUGUCAGUAGGUUGUAUUGACUAACAGUAUCUGCACUAUGUGUCAGUAGGUUGUAUGGACUAACAGUAUCUGCACUGUGUGUCAGUAGGUUGUAUUGACUAACAGUAUCUGCACUAUGUGUCAGUAUGUUGUAUGGACUAACAGUAUCUGCACUAUGUGUCAGUAGGUUGUAUUGACUAACAGUAUCUGCACUAUGUGUCAGUAUGUUGUAUGGACUAACAGUAUCUGCACUAUGUGUCAGUAGGUUGUAUGGACUAACAGUAUCUGCACUGUGUGUCAGUAGGUUGUAUUGACUAACAGUAUCUGCACUAUGUGUCAGUAUGUUGUAUGGACUAACAGUAUCUGCACUAUGUGUCAGUAGGUUGUAUUGACUAACAGUAUCUGCACUAUGUGUCAGUAGGUUGUAUGGACUAACAGUAUCUGCACUGUGUGUCAGUAUGUUGUAUUGACUAACAGUAUCUGCACUAUGGGUCAGUAUGUUGUAUGGACUCAGUCAGAGUUCUCUGGGCUGUGUUUAUAUGGAGUAAUUUAUCACUUGUCUAUAUAUAUAUAUACAGCUUGUGUCAUGUUAUCCAUCAUAUAGUUCUCGUCAGUUACCUUAGAUCACCCUUGUGUUCCGUUACUCUAACAUUGAUUCAGAUUAAUCAUAAUGUAUUUAUAUAGUAUGAACUUUGCCGGAAUGGUAACAUUAGAUGCAUAGAAGCAGAAGGAAACAGAAAUAUCUAUUUUCUAUUUUUUUCAAUAGAUGAUUGGAUUCGUUGUUUAUCUGAAACUCACUUAUUUGGAGACUUCAUUCCCAUCAGAUCCUUCCUUUUCGGAUGAUUCUCUCUAAUGAAUGUAACCUCAUGUGUUGGUUGUGUUGUCUAUUCUAACACACAGGUAGCUCACAUUAAUCCUUCAGUUACUGACCCCGGAAAGACUAUCUCUGCCUCGAUUUCAUGGAAAUAGGAUGCAAUUCUCAAACAAGUUAAAGGGAUACUGUUUAGCAGAUAUACACCAAUGAAAACAUGCAAGUGUUAAUUCUGCAUUUUUUCAUUUGGAGUUAUAUAUAAAAAUAUCUUGCAAAAGCUACAGUUUUCUUGUCUGCAGCCUUUACAAGCCCUCCUCUUUUAACCCCACCCAGACUUUCUGUGGUUGUCCUAUCACAGACUUCCUAAUGCAUCUCAAUAAGAAGUCUUUGCAAGACAGGUGCUCUGGGCAAUUGCUGCCCCUCGAGUUUGUCUGCACUGAGCUAAAUAAGCAAGGAAGUAACAGGACCAGUUGUCUGAUUGCAGGCCUCCCAACAAUUCCUAUUUUGUCAGAAUUUUCAGAUCCUGUCCCACCGUCCUGACUCUAAUGAAAUAUUCCAAAUGACUUAGUUCCCUAGUGUAUUGCUUUUGAGGGCAAAAGGGAACUGUCCCUAUUAAACAUUGCACAUGUGCAUCAUUAGACCCGCUCACACUAUGUUCAGGGCAGUAGGACCCUGCACUAUGAAACAGUGCUCCCUGCAGUUUCUGUCCACAGUGGGCAGACGCCACUGUGAUCCAACCCCUUUUCUAUGGCAGGUCCACACCUUUGGGUAGAGUUAUUGACACUAUCACAUCAUUGGCCCACCCUGUGUGCCCCCUCCAGGACACUGGAGCUGGAAGGUAUGUGAUUGACAUUUAUAAAGUGUAAAUUUCUUCCAAUUUCUAUUGAAAUCUGCAUUAAAAAAUGCUUUUUACACAUAAAACAUUCUAAAAUGCUGAAGUGCUUUAAGGGUCUGGAGUGUCCUUUAACAUGGGCCCAUAAGUGGCAAUAUGGAUUGAAUUUUGGCAAACGUUAUUUCUGGAGGAAUAAGACUUUGAAAGCAAUCACUUUCCCAUUGCCCUCCCCCGUAGUUCUGAAAGGGUUAAUAUUUAGGAGCCAGAGGGCGCUGAGCUGAAUGUUCUGCAGAUUGUAACUUGGCAGCAUUACUGGUUAAUGUAAUACUAACUCCUAGACAAUGAUAAGGAACAUUCAUCUGAAUUCCUUCUCUAUAGAGAAUGAUUAAUAAAACACUCCCUCUCCCCCCCCCCUCUAUUUUUCAACUCUGUUUUUUUAAAUUGAGCCUUAUUCACCAAACACUUAAUUCUAGUGAAAUAUAAUCUAUAUUCUAAAACUCAGGUUAAAAUAUCCAAGCUCUGCCUAUAACAGAGCUGGAAACAUUUUGAAAAUCAAUGUUGCAUUUGGGAUUUUAAUUCGCUCUGAUUCCAUGUUUGAUGAGUUGAAAUACAUAAUAGCAUUGCUGAGCUUUGUGCUCGGCCCUUUCUGAAUGCUACGGGGCUCCUUCAUGAAAGAUUGACCCAUAAACUUGACUCUUCUUCAAGCAUAUCGGCUGUUUAGUUUUAAGAGCUGGCUAUUUAAGUCCUUAUGAAUACCUCUGGGGCUGCGGUUGAACAAACUAAAACAGAAGAGGUUACACUCCAGUCACUUAAAACUCAAUGAUAAAUAUAUAUUUUAUGGCUUCUCUUUGAAGUCUUUCCACAUUAGAGAAACAUGCAGAGAUUUAACCCCUAUAGUUCCAGGCACUGAACACGAGACAGACUCUUCUUAUUAUAUUUUAAAUGCGUUAAUACUCUUUCCAAGGAUCCACAGAUUAAUGGUUUAAUCUGAAAUAAAAAACAGCAACACUAGCAAUUCUCAUUGUCAGUUCUUUAGAAUUUUCUGUUUAGUGAAUAAAUUACUUUAUGUAAUUCCUAUCAUCCUCAGCCAUGAGAACUGGGAGUCACUGACAUCGGGUACAUUUACUAUAGCAAAUUUUCCUAAUUAGUUAAAAACGUCAGAAAAUGCUAACUUGUGUCCAUAGUUAUCAUUACUGCAUCUAGUUUCCCUAACGUGAAUUUAUCAGAAUGCACACUAUUGAAAAUGCAGUUUGAUUGUUUGUUUCUGAUGACGGUCCUAAACUGUCAUCGGUCCUCAACGGGCUAAAGGGACACUAUAGUCACCAAAACAACAUUAGCUUGAUGAAGCAAUUUUGGUCUAUAGAUGAUACCCCUCCAGUCUCAUUGCUCUAAACUCUGCCAUUUGGGAGUAAAAUAGCUUUGUUUAUGCAGCCCUAGUCACACCUCCUUGCAUGUGACUUACACAGCCUACCAAACACUUCCUGUAAAGAGUCAUCUAAUGUUUACACUUCCUGCAUUGAACAUACUGUUUAAUUUAGAAUUUCUUAUCUCCUGCUCUUUUAAUAGCCUUCUAGACCGUGCAAGAGCCUCCUGCAGGUAAUUAAAUCAAUUUACAGAGCAGGAGAAAAAAACAUUUAAAGUAAGUUACAUCUGAUUGAAAGUGAAACCAUUUAGUUUCAUGCAGGCUGUGUGAGCCACUGCCAGAGGAGGUGUGGCUAGGGCUGCAUAAACAGAAACAAAAGUGAUUUAACUCCUAAAUGGCAGAUAAUUGAGCAGUGAAACUGCAGGAUCAUGAUCUAUACACCAAAACUGCUUCAUUAAGCUAAAGUUGCUUUGGUGACUAUAGUGUUCCUUUAAAUUGCUCUGUUCAUUCAGACUUGAGGGAGGCUAUUUCUAGUUGCACCGGCCCUUUUGACAUUUCCUGGGCAAACGUUUAUAUGUUUCUGUCACGUGUAAUAAAGGAAGUAGUGUGUGUCAAUGUAAACUGCUUCCUAAAACACAACGUAAACCUACAUCGUUUAAACUUAAUGGGUUCUCAAAAAAAGAACAAUUGAAAGUGAAGCAGUCACCGUGGAAACCAGUGGAAUGUUCUUCUGAUAGCUGAGCUUUUAGAAUUUGACCCCAGAAUUGUUCCUUAUACAGAAUUGUUACUUUGUGUUUUCUAAGGGAAGUUUUCAUUUUAUUUAAAGAUUAAUAUUUGGAAUUAAUAUUUGUUGUGGAGAGAAUAAGGGCAGGAGACCAGAUUUUUCUGUACUCCGUGUCUUACAGUUAAUUGGAUUUGGGUCGCUGUAUAACUGCAGGUGUUGGGAUUCCAGCCAGUUACUGUCAUCGGCAAACUCUGAUUGCUAGUCUGUUACAGGACACAGCUAAUAUAUCACUUACACUUGGCCAUAUCUUAAGUAGUGCCGGUAUUUAGAUAGGCCUGGGAGAGCAUGAUUCUCUGGUUACAUGCACUACAACUCCAAUCAUCCAUAAUGUUUUCUCCCUGCAAUCUCCCGGUUGUUAAUUGUCAAACUCUAAAUGCUCUUUUAUUCAUUUUAAAGUUGAUCUGGCAUUUUAAAUAUUUUUUUGGGACGAAGGAUUCUUUAAUAAAAUAUGUCUGUAGAAUGUUUUUUUGUUGCAGACUGGCCCGAUAUUGUUCAAGGAAUACUUUACCUUAUGCAGCUCUCUUCUGAUGAUUCUAUAUAUCUCAAGUGUAAAUCGGGAAUUUUUCAACACAUUCAUUUAAAUAUACUUUUAUUCGCAGAAUAUAUCAUUUAGUUUGGAAUGGGAGCAUUAACUGCAAGUAGGUCUAAUACUAGAGGUUUAUUCCAAAAACGGUUAAUGGCAGUGAAUUUCGAAUUCUAGAAUUUAGAAUGUCAAAAUGUAUAUUAAAAUAGCUGAUUUGGAAAAAUUCUUUAACUCGGUUAUAUCCCAGUUCAUUCAUUAAGUACUAAAACUCCCGGAUUAGAUAACAAAUCGCUGUUCCAUUAAUUGUUCACAAUGACACAAUGUAAACUUUGAAUAACGUGUGCGUUGUUACACAGUACAUUUUUCUGUACGAUCCGCCCAGAUUUCAAACUGCGGACUGGGACACAGAAUGAGCUGACAGUGCUGGCGAUCUCUCGGCUGAGCUGAGUGACAGCCCGGCGAGGAAGCUCUGUUCCAACCUGCUCUCUGCAGGUCUUACUGUCAGAAUGAUGCAUAUUUCAUUGGAUAACUCAAAGGGAAAAUAAAUAUAGAUAAAGGCCCCCUAGUCAGACAAGGGUCACAGCUACCCGCCCUCAUUCUGUGUAUUUCUAUCUAUCUUUCAGAUCAACAACAUUAGUUUAACCCUCCGAGGCACGCAGAGCACAGACACCACUGACAUUUACGUGAGAAGGAAUCCUGAUUCAGAAUCUCAAUGACAUCUUAAUCUUCAUUUCAUAUCUUCAUUUAUGAUCUUUAUUUUCUGCUCAAUGAGUUAUUAAAGUAUAAAUACCACUUUGUAGUGGUUAUGGUGUUAUGGUCCCAGGAAUCGCCUGUUUUCCAAAUAGCUUGACACAUACCUGGCUCUUUUAGGUACCCACAGUCUAUCUGAUAUACUGACAGGUCUCAGCCAAUGCGGGAUGUCCAAAGUGGGUCUGUUUAUACAGUAGACUGAACUUUAGUGUGUUAGCCCAGGCUGAACAUACUGCGUGCACCUAACAGAGCCGGGUAAGUGAUCAUACAUAGACUUGUGCAUGGCAAACAAAAAUAGGUUUGUCUGCAAAUGUUUUUGUUUUUUUGUUUAGAAAUAUAGAUUUUCGUCCACGUGGCGUUUUGAUUCAGAUGAAUCCAAAAUGAUGCAAAAAUGUGCCUAUUUGUCAAAGUGUCUGGAAGAAUCCUUCAUGGAAAUAAAUAGAUUCCUUACAGCUUCUUCUUUUCCCCACUAUUGGUAACUUUUCAGUUGAUCAGUUAAAAAAAUCCACGUUUCGUGACUGCCCUCCUAAACGUCAAUCAUAAUUUUUUUCUAUCAAUUAUCUUUUGUUUCCUCCAUUUGAUUGGACAGGAGAUACAGACCAUAUCAUUGGGCAGAGCCUCUUGUCCAGCAUGGGAAACUAAGCUGCUUAGUUGUCCUCUUGCGAAGAAAAAGAAAAAACGCUUCUUCUCAAUUUCUUCAUUCCCACCAGCUUGUCUAUUGUCUGUUUCUCAAUCAGAUUGAGAUCUGGGUAAUUUGGAGGCCAAGACAACACCUUGAAUUUUUUGUCAUGUUCCUUGAACCAUUCCUGAUCAAUUUUUGCAGUGUGACAGGGUGCAAUAUUCUGCUGAAAGGGGCUAGUGCCAUCAAAGAACACUAUUGCUAUAAAGGGGUGUACGUGGUCUGCAACAAUCUCUAGGUAGGUAGUAUGUGUCAAAAGGGACAUCCACAUGAAUGCCAGGACCCAAGACUUCCCAGAAGAACAUUGCCCAGAGCAUAACACUGCCUCCACCUACCUGCCCUUUUCCCAUAGUGCAUCCUGCUGCCAUCUCUUCCCCAGGUAAUCGACGCACAUGCACCCUGCAUCCACUUGGUCUAAAAUAAAACAUGAUUCAUCAGACCAGGCAACCUUCUUCCACGGAUCAAUAUUUAUUGUGUUGGCACUCCAUUACGUAAUGGUUCAGGUGUUAGAGGUAAUCCCCAAAUGGACCUCAAUUACAUAUAGAAAGAACUAGAUCUCUUAAUACCGCACUCACAUGCAUAAAAAUAUGCAUCCAAAAAAGAAUCGAUAUGUAAGUCUGCAAACGUUCAUUUAUUGUCCACCAGAUACACCAAAUUCAUAAAGAUAGAACUAAAUUCGAAAAAAAAGGAAAAAAAGGACCACUAUUGCCAAAUAUACAGAUUGAUGAUCCCUCUAUGAAUUCAUCUAUAAUGCAUGUAACAAAAUGUCAUAGUAUGUACAUCCAAAUUAUUUACAACUAUAUACAGUCCAUAAACAUCAUAUGAAUGAAGCUGAAAGUUCUUAAAUAUUCAGGUGGAUCCUCCACUAAUUGAUAUUCUGUUGUAACAAAAAAAAAAUGGUUAAAAAAGGCAAAAAGACAAAAAAACUGAAAAAAUGAGAAAAAGAUUAAAAAAAGGGGGAAAAAAGAUAAAAUAGAAGAAAAAAACAUGACAAACCUUAUUCCAUUACUCCAUUUUCCAGUUGUGAUGCUUACUUCUCCAUUGAAGGUGCUUUCGGUGGUGGGCAGGAGUCAUCAUGGGCACUUUGACUGGUCUGCUUCUACACAGCCCCAUAUGGAACAUACUGCGAUGCACGGUGUGUUCUGACACCUUUCUAUCAUGGCCAGCAUUAUGUUUUUCAGCAAUUUGAGCUACAGUAGCUCUUCUGUGUGAUUGGACCAGACGAGAUAGCCUACUUUCCCCCAUGCAUCAAUGAGCCUUGGCCUGAUGCCGGUUGUCCUUUCUUGCACUACUUUUGGUAGGUACCAACCACUGCAGACCAGGAACAGCACCAAGACUUGCUGUUUAGCAGAUGCUCUGAACCAUCGUAGGUCGUCUAGCCAUCACUAUUUGGCCCAUGUCAAAGUCACUCAGAUCUUUUCGCUUGACUGUGUCUCCUGCUUCCAAUACAUGAAAUUCAAGAACUGACUGUUCACUUGCUGCCUGAUAUAUCCCACCCCCUGACAAUAUAAUCAAUGUUAUUCACUUCACCUGUCAGUGGUUUAAAUAUUGUGGCUGAUCAGUAUAUACGGUGAAGUUUAGGUUUGCAUUUGUUAAUAUAGGUUUAUUGUAAAUGCUCCUGUUAAAAAGCAGAUGUGACAUAGGGGAUGUUUCUGUUUCUAUUCUGUAUUUACUAAGUAUUAUACAACUAAAGGCAAAAGCUGGGUUGCUGAUGUGCCUUAAGGACUAAGUGGGAACGCACUGCCCUAGAUAAUGAGCUACCGUGUUUCCCCGAAAAUAAACCCUACCCCGAAAAUAAGCCCUAGUCGGAUUUUCGGCGUGGGCUGCAAUAUAAGCCCUACCCCGAAAAUAAGACCUAGGCAUUGCACCUUUGCGGCGAGACUUCCUUCUUGUACUGUAGGAGGAGCGUUGCGGGCCGCGGCAUCGCGCAACGUGAUGACGACAUUUUGCAGCGCCGUCAGUCUGCCUUCACGGAUCUUCAGCGGAAGGAUCCAUUUCCGGGCGGUGAGGCACCCAGUGGUCGGACUCGGCAAGGAAUCUUUGAAAUGUGAGUACCGGUAGAUAUUUUAUGUCUGGGACUGAAUUAAAGGGGGCGGGGGUGAAUUAAUUAAAGGGGGGGGUGAAUUAAAGGGUGGGCUGGAUUAAUUAGAGGGGGGUGAAUUAAUUAAAGGGGUGGUGAAUUAAUUAAAGGGUGGGCUGGAUUAAUUAGAGGGGGGUGAAUUAAUUAAAGGGGUGGUGAAUUAAUUAAAGGGUGGGCUGGAUUAAUUAGAGGGGGGUGAAUUAAUUAAAGGGGUGGUGAAUUAAUUAAAGGGGUGGUGAAUUAAUUAAAGGGUGGGCUGGAUUAAUUAGAGGGGGGUGAAUUAAUUAAAGGGUGGACUGGAUUAAUUAGAGGGGGUGAAUUAAUUAAAGGGGUGGUGAAUUAAUUAAAGGGUGGGCUGGAUUAAUUAGAGGGGGGUGAAUUAAUUAAAGGGUGGACUGGAUUAAUUAGAGGGGGUGAAUUAAUUAAAGGGGUGGUGAAUUAAUUAAAGGGUGGGCUGGAUUAAUUAGAGGGGGGUGAAUUAAUUAAAGGGGGUGAAUUAAUUAAGGGGUGAAUUAAUUAAAGGGUGGGCUGGAUUAAUUAGAGGGGGUGAAUUAAUUAAAGGGUUGGUGAUUAAUUAAAGGGUGGUGAAUUAAUUAAAGGGUGGGCUGGAUUAAUUAGAGGGGGUGAAUUAAUUAAAGGGGUGGAUUAGAGGGGGUGGAUUAAAGGGGGUGGAUUAAUUAAAGGGGGGUGGAUUUAUUAAAGGGGUGGAUUUAUUAAAGAGGGGGGUGGAUUAAUUAAAGGGGGUGGAUUAAAGGGUGGGCUGGAUUAAUUAAAGGGGGGUGGAUUAAUUAGAGGGGGGUGGAUUAAUUAAAGGGGGGUGGAUUUAUUAAAGGGGGGUGGAUUUAUUAAAGAGGGGGUGGAUUAAUUAAAGGGAGUGGAUUAAUUAGAGGGGGUGGAUUUAUUAAGGGGGGUGGAUUAAUUAGACAGUAUGGUAUUUUGAUCCCCAGACAAGAUGAGUGCAAAGAGAAAGAGCUGUACAUACUGGUAACGUAAAUAAUAAGCCCUACCCUGAAAAUAAGCCCUAGUGUGUUUUUUUGUGACUAAAAUUAAUAUAAGACCCGGUCUUAUUUUCGGAGAAACACGGUAUUAUGGAAAGAUUGGUUUCUCCUGGUUUAAACUUAGCUUGAAAUUUCAUGGUACAAAUUAAUCUUUGGGUUUUCCUGGUCUGAGCUUUGCUUUGAACAUUUUCUGAGUUGAUCACAAUGUUGCAAAUUGGAACUGGAACAGUGAUUAGUGAUUAGCACUUUCCCCUCCCAGUAACCAGACGACACAUAGUUCUGGGAGUACAAACUGGAAUGCUUUAAUCCGGCCAGAUGGCCUGCUUUUAUACAGUUUAGACACAGUCAAACACGCCCAUAACACUCCCACACAAAACAGGAUAAUCCCUCUCUUGGACCUGAGAGGGGACUAGUUACAUGUUACAAACUCUUCCUCUGUGCCUGAGUGAUAAUUGAGUCAGGAACAGAACUAACUCAAUUAUCUCCAGGCACAGAAAAACAUACAGUAUUACAAACCCCCAAAAUUCCUUUAAAACACAUAAAAACGCUGAUCUGGGUGACCAACAUAUCCAAAAAUCACCCAGAUCGGUUCAGGGGUUCGGAAUUUCCCUGGAAGUCAUUUGACUAGUUUAAAAAUUAACAAACUACAAACGGAAUCCAUAGUUCUACCCUGGAGCUUGUUCACCUUUUUUGUGGGAACGUUCCCACCGAACAGUGCACUUCUAGGUCACAUAGAAACGAACGCAGGUGAUGAUGGAAGUCCAGUGGUGUUUGGCAGUUUCUGUGUCCGAUUUUAAUUCCAUUAACUCGAUGACCAAACACCACUGCCUCCGUUCAUCCAAACAAGAUGGCUGCCACCUCGUAGUCGUUCAUACGAAUUGCAGCUACCCAGAUGAACAAUUAGAACACUGCGGUGGGUGGUCUCUGGUUAAUGCUGUUGUUCGGUUCCCGAACAACAUAACCUAGAUUACAUGAACAGAGUAGUUUGAAGGGUAUCUUGUAUGGCCCAUAAUCCUGGGGCAGGAGGCUGGCUAACAGGCUCCUCCAGGAGCUCGUGGCAAACGACCAGACCACAGGGCGUUUGUCACACCAUCUCGCUGUGAUAAAAUGUUACUGAUUGCGAAUGCGUUAGUGGUCUCAUCUGCACUCAGCAUCCUGGAAUAUUUCUUGAUAUCAAUUCCUGACUAACAAACUAUGGGCACCGCAAUGUUUCUGCUCUCUGAAAGCACACUCGUUUUCUCUGCUAAAUACAAGAAAGCGUUUCUUCCAUCUGCUGAAGACAUUUUGCCAACACAUUUUGCUUUGCUUUAGACUUGGCCGUACAAGAAAGCAAACAGGAGAUCAUGAAAGCGAUAAAGUGGAUUGUCAGAAAAUUUAUUGACAUACCUCACAUUCUGCACGGAACAUAAAUGAAGUGAUACUUAUAGAUCAUAAAACUAAUUAGAGAUAAGGAUAUCACUGCAGUUAUAAUGAUUUGUUAUUCCCAACGUUAGUCAGAACUAAGAGCUCAAUUUUGAACUAAACCAGGAAUUGUGGAAAAUUUACAAAAUGAUUUUACAUUUUAGACCAAAACAUCUAUUUGGGCGUUUGCCUUAAAUCACCAGACCCUUUUAGGUUUCCCGGUGAUGGUGUUCUCAAAGUUCCAACCAAGGACAUCGCUGUCACCCACUGACAGACCUCUACUUCUAGGAAUUUCUGACAAUGACGAUCAGCAUUAAUUAAAUGGACACUUCACUGAAUUUUUAUUUAUUUAUUGUAUAGCUAUUUAGUAUAUAUACUCCCAAAGAAGGCAUGCAUGGAGGUAUAUGAAAAACAGCUUGGAGAAGCUACACACCUGCAGUCUGCAGCCGUUGCAAGCCCUCUGUCUGUUAGCCCAACAUGCCUGCCCCGUCCACGAAAGCUGAAGGAAACGCCCCUGACAAGUCUGAGUCACAGCUGUUUUGGUGGAGUUUAAUAAGAGUGACGAUAUCUAUUUAAAUCAGCACUUUUAUAAACUGUCAAAAAGUGACAGACUCCAGACACACAAAGCAUUUCAGCAAGCCGAGGUUCUUUAUGUAUCUGGACUGGUCCUUAUUCCCUAUAUUGUACAAAUCUGCAGAAUAUGUUAGUGCCAUAUAAAUAUAAAAUACUGAUAAUAAUAAUAAUAUCAGUCUGGUGUUCGGGUACUGAUACAAGUGAAGGUAACACUCAUUUCAGACCUUCUGAGUAGGGACAACUCAUUGGACAAACUAAUAAUCUUUAGUCCAUUUGUCAUACAUGUCUGUCUUACUUUGGGAUAAUCUUAAUGGGGGGCCCCUUCUUCUCUGUGCACAGAAUGGUACCAGCCACCAGAGGGAGGUACCAGCUACCAGAGAGGGGUACCAGCCCCCAGAGGGAGGUACCAGCCCCCAGAGAAAGGUACCAGCUCCCAGAGGGAGGCACCAGCCACACUUUGUUAAUAGCGCCUAUAACAAGCCAAAUGAUACUAUGAGAUUUCUGAAAUCCAUCAUGUAGAGGGGAUCUGCUUGGCUCCCAGGGUCGGGACUGCCAUGUACUUGGGAGCGAUUUGAUAUGUUAAUAAUAUACAAUACUUUAUAUAAUGACACCUCAAAGUGAGAACUGCCGAUAGCACAGGAUAUUAAACUUGUAUCUGUUAUAUUUUUGCCUUUUUCUCUUUUGGCUUAUUUAGAAUGGAAUUACCAUGAAACAAGGAACCAAUUUCAGGUUUGAAUUAAGAUAUAUUACUUUAAACUAUCUAGAAGUAUUUCCCUAAAUAUCUAAAUCAGGCUAUACCUGGCUGAGUUGCAUGGAUUGAUUGGUAUCCGACACGUGAAUUUUGAAGAAGAAGAAUUAAGCAUUGUGAAUAUGAGUGACAGGAAGUGAAAUGUGUGAACGGCUGAAAGGAGUGGAAUGCUGUGUUUUUUCAAACAAUAUUACCGUGUUACUAUAUACCUGCGCUACCAAUCUUCUUUAAUUGUGUAACCUGAGAUUACCUGAAGCUUGAAUUGGAUGUUUUUAAAUUCGAUCAAUGGGAAAAAACCUGCAAAGUACAUAGAAAAGUCAACUUUGGUCCAAAUAUACAAAAAAAAAAAAAAUACACAAAGAAUGUUAUAUUUACUUUUGAGAAGAAGGACAUUGCUCAUCCUGUGUUUAAAUGUAAAUUACAUAAAUAUUUCAGACUAGGAUUCCUUUAACACCCACGAUGGAUAAAUCCAUGUUCAGACAGAAAUAAGCAAACAUUUUGUCCUCUCCUGAUGUUAUACUGACAGCAUAAUAACACACCACGGUGCGGAAUACAUAAAUACAUUGAAAAAUUCCAUCCAGGCGAAUGUGUGGAUGUAGCAUACUCUCAAGGUAAGUAUUGAAGUAGAAUCUGUACAUUGUGUUAUUACCAACAAAUGUAUAGAUUCAAUCUCUGGAACAUGAACGGCGGCUCACCCCUUCUCGUAAUACAUCUAGCUCAUUUCUAAAAUGGCAAAUUAGAAAAACAUGAUAAUUGUCGACAAUGGAAAAAAAAGACCCACAUGUAAUUUUUAGUCUACUCUCGCAAAUUUCAAUUCUGCUUUAAACAGCGUUCUAUGCACAUUUGCUAACACACUAUGAUAGUGUUUUCAGUUUCCGUCCAAUAUAAGUGAGUUUUGCAUGAGAGGGGCUUUGUAAACACAAGUUCACAAACACAGUGACAGACGUUCAUUUAUCUAAACGUGUGCAGCCAGAAGGGUAUCAGUGUGUUAGUGAACGUUAAAUAUUAUAACCAGGAAGAUUGUAUGUUGAGUUUUAAUGUAACACUUUGGUUUAUUAAUGUAACUAUGAUGUGAUGUGACACAUGUGGCCUUAUAGUUGGGAUAUGCACACCACGAGCCUGUGAUUCCAGGACUUAGACCUACCGUAUAAUUACCCAGUUCACUAAGUACAUCCGUAGCCAUACACACCAUUCCUAGGCAGCUCUAAUGUCAUUUAGCUUUCCUUUUCAUUUCAAUAAAACUGACCUAGUUCACCUGGGAAUGACCUUUGCUCUUGACAUUGGUUCUGCUUCCCCUCCCUGCUUGACCCCUUGGUGUGUCCCUUUAGUACACUGAGCCGUUUUAGAGAUUGCUAGCCAAUCACACUCUAGUCUGACUCUCUAUAAACUAGUUCUGUAUUGAACCCCAAGGACAACCUUUAUUACAGGUGAAGCCCACUGUCUUCAGUCUCACCUGGCUCUCCGAGACAAGCAAGUGUGAGCUUAUUCAUUUAAUCAGGGAUUAUGGAGACUUCACAAGGGAAUAUCACACUUUCGAUUAAAAUAGUUGAGCCAAUUUAGAUAAUUUUCCAAUCUGAUGAUUAUUUUAUGGUGGUCUAGGGUUAAGGGGUAGCAGGUUCCUGCCUUUAAGAUUUAGUGGACUGUAACUACCACAAAUCUUAGGCAAAGUUAUAGUCAUUGGUAUCUUAAAAGCAGGUCAUUCAUAAUCCCCCUUAUGCUACCUCACCCAAAGUCCUUCCCUACCCUAAAAACAUCUUGCUCCUAAACCCCCUAAACCUAUACACCCCUAAAUGUAUAUCUUGGGGAACACUGCUGUACCCAUCAUUGCCGCACUAUUUUGAAAGUGAAUUGCACCUUAUGUUGAAUGUCUUUCAAUGAUUUGAUAUCACAAAUUUGAAUCACUUUUGGCUUAAAAAACCCAUAUCAGUCAGUCAGGCUGAAACGUUCUAAAUUCUAGAGUUACACUCUUUGAAGAGAAAUUAUAAGGGGAAGAGUGAGCAAUGGUCACCUGCACAAUAACACAAUCUGCUGAUUGUGCAGGUGACCAUUGCUCACUGUUCCCCUUAUUAAGUCCCAUUUAAAAUACUCUUUAUAUACCGACUACGGGUGACUUUCUACUAGAUAAAAAAAUCUGUAUUGCAAAUAUAAAAAAACCAUGCUAUAAUGUUUGAUUGCCUGACAAAUGUGUAUCACAGAUCAUAGCGAUAUGUUCUUUAACUGUCCGGCAUACAAUUGGUUAAAAACGCCUCCGAAAGGAAUUUAAUUUCCUAUUGCUAGCAAUUGCCCCUUUACAAAAACAUGUAGAAAAUAAUGCUCCCAGCUUAUUGCAAGGGAUCGGUUUGCCCUGCCUUGUCCUAUCCUGUUUCUAUAGGGGGACGCCAGGACUUGCUCCUGUAUAGUAAGAGGAAUGCACUAUAUGGGGGGGUGGGGGGAGCUAUAAGUUGGGUCAGGAAGGUUACUCAAAGGACACUUCUAAAUGAGGAAGGAAUUGAGUGGUGUAAAGGUACAUUACACUGCCUGAGGGCACAGGUUCUGGGAAGGGAGUCAUUAAGCAGCCUAAUCGGCAAUAUAGGAUACAGAGAGAUAUCAUAUAACACUGAGAGGAUAGAAUAUAGAAAUAUACACUAGAAAAUUAUAUACAACCCUAUUCAACUGCUUAUGAAAAAAUAUAUAUUGAUAGAUAUAUAAUUAAUUACCUUAACUGUUUCAAUUAUCUAACUUUCUACAAAUGAAAUAUAGAACAAGCCAACAUAAUUUGUAGUUUGUAACAACCAUGAAACUAGAUCAUGUAUUGAGACUUGAAAACAUGAGAUUUCACCAACUUCAGAGAAAAGGAUUCGUUAUGUAGUAUGUUUAGGCUUCAGUUGUCUGAUGCUAAUUGCAAAUAUUCAUAGUUUGGCUCCUGGGACCCUACUGAUAAAGUGGUCUGACCAGGAUUCGAACCAGUUCUAAGGUCAUGAUGUUACGACUGCUCUAUCCAGUUAUGUCAGUGGUAUUAUACAAUCACCAAGAACACGCUGCAACAUUCAGACCAAGUAAUGAGCUCUCAAACCUGCAACAUUUGGUGCAAAAUAUUAUAGGUCAAACAAGAGGGAAUUUCAGUUAUGUGACAUUAUUGUGAAAUCACAUCUAAAUCAGCUAUAUUUUAGGGUGCAAGUGAUCUCAUCUAGAACUUAUUUUUUUUUUAUUCUGCAAAUGCCAUUUUAUACUGGAUAAAAUUGGGCUAACUUAAAUUAAUGACGAAGGCAUCAGGCUGUUUAGAUAGCUUGCUUCAUGUUUUUAAUAUUUUGUAUAAUACUAUUCAGGAAAUGUCAGUAAAAUCUAUUAUUCUAAGUUAUGUUUAUUGAAGCAUUUGCCGAUCUAAUGAAUCCGCUAUAAACAUGUCAAUGUGUCAUGCGUGAUGUAGAAUUUCUUUUAUUUUUAUACUCUAGUUUUGUUGUGUGCACCUUUCUGUCUUUGUUGUUGGAUUGUGUGUGUGCGCUAGGACAGAAGUGUGAUGGGUUUGGUGUCACUGAACCUUCCACUUUGUCCUUACAUUCAGUAUAAACCAGAUACAGGUCACAAUUAGACAUGUGCAACAAUUUGCUUUACGUGAUUCAUCCGAAUAAAAUGCCUGGUAAUCGUGGAACGACUCGAUUCCAAAAUUCAGUUAAUUCAUAAGCGAACCAAUUUGUCCAAAUAAUGACCCUUUUAAUCCAUACCCGAAAAGAAUUUUGAUUUGAGCAAUUUGGUUCAUUUAUGUAUGACUCAAAUUUCAGAAUCAAUUCUUUCGAUGAUUACCAUGCUUUUUAUUGGGAUUAAUCACUUAAAAUUAAUUUUUGCUCAUGUCUAAUCACAAUGUCCUCGCAUUACCUUAUUUUUCAGAUAAUCCAGUCUCUGAUAUUUGUAUGACUGAUGCUCUGACACAACACCAAUGUAAAUCGCUAGAUUCACCAAAUAUUCCUGGAUACCUAGUAUCAAUUAAUCAAGAAACGAUCUCAAAAUAAUUGGCCUUUUUAUUGGAUUUAUUUUCAUCUUGCAGGAUAUAAAUGAACGCACCAAGAGGCACAUCAGCAUGAAUAGAUAAUAUGUGUCCAGGAUCUGCACCCCUAAUCGCACCACUUUAAAAUGUUCCACCGCUCUCCAUCACUUUAACCAAGGCAGUGUUAAUUAAAAUAACGUCCAAGUGGCUUCAUGUUUGGUGGCCACUUCCCUUAUGUCAUAAAUCAAACGUUAAAUGACAUUAAAGUUAUAUUAUAUUACACCUGUAGCUAGGCCCAUUUUUAAAAUAAUAUCCGUGCCAUAAAUAAUAAAGAAAUGAAAACAGAGUGAUGUUAAAACUAGUUUGCUUCCAAAUCACCCCGAAUAGCUCCACAACAUCCCAGAUUUAUUUAUUAUUUAUUUAUCCACAACGAAACAAAACAAAAAUGGGGCGAAAUUUAUAGAACAGCUGCGAAAAAGAAAAUGAUAUAAAAGGAUGUGUUCGAUUUAGUCUCUAUAAAACACCGGUGCCCAUGGCCACAAACCUGUCUUGGUCAGUGCAGCGCCUUGAUAUUAUUAUUAUUAUUAUUAUUUAUAUAGCACCAUCAAAUUCUGUAGUGCUGUACAAUGGGAAAUAACUAUUAUUUCCAGAAGACGAACGGUAUAAUCAAUACGUGUGAAUUGAUCUGAAUUCAAAGUGAAUUUCAAACUUUAACCAAGAGAGCCAAACUGGACAUAUAAAGUUGAAAAAAAAUUCCGGUUUGGAUACUUGGAAGUAAAUUCUUAUAUUCUGUUUGAAUUCCCAACAAUUCCCAUUUUAGUAAACAGCCUUAUUGGUGUUAAACAUGAAUAUAGUUGAUGUUUCAUUCCAGGUUUAUGAUUUUAUUAACAGUGUAGCUGUUAAGCAAACUAACAGAAGCUGUAUAUUGACUUGUGCAGUGGUUUCGUUCAUGUCAUGUCCAUUCAUGAAUGAAACUACUGACUAGAACAUAUCUACCCAUGCUAUGAACCUGUACUAUGCAGAGGUUUCUGGCAUGUGCUCUGCUCUCUCAUUGAGAACAAUGGGAGCGCCGGGCUGGGCUGAGAAUUGUUUGACACGUCCUGGUCUCUGGAGAAACUUUGGAUUUGUAGAAAGAGAGAGAUUCAGGGGUGCUUAUUUGUAGUUUUCUCUCCAUAUCGUUUUCUUUCUGUAUUAGUUCCAUAAUGUGUGGAUGCUGAGCUACAGCCCCCCCAAAUAUUGUUGGACUACAAGUCCCUGAAGUCUAAAAGGGUUACAGAGCAUUAUGGGAGUUGUAGUCCUACAAUAGUCGUAGUAGGGGAAGUAUGUACUGCUCGAUACUGCAACCAGGAGCGCUGGUGUUUCCCUUUAAAUGUCUAAAGCGUGAUCAACAUAUGUUGAAUAGAAACUUCAUCCUAUAAACGUGAUAGAAACCAUCUGCUUGUUCUUCUGUGCUGUAAUAAAAAUAUAGCCUAUAAAAUAUGACUCUCGUUUGAAAUAGAUGUCCCUAAAAGAUGGAAAGCUUGUUUGAAUAUCUGUUGUAUGUUAUACAAUAUUGAUUGCACUUCUGUGUUUUAUAUUUCUCAUUUCCUUUAUGCCGUUUGCAUAGCCCCUUCCUUUAUACUUUAAUACAUUUUAAAAUGGUGAUACAUUAGACAUUCCAGGCACGAUUGUAAAAGCCUUCCUUGCAAUAUGUUGAUUAUUAUAUUUAACAUAUAUAUAUAUUUAUAAUUAACAUUUAACCAAUUUUAAAUAAACACAUUUUGAUUUGAAUUAAAAACAUAAUAGAAAGUAUCAGGGGAUCAUAUAUUAUAUUAUAUAAUAUAUCAUACUAAAAGGCAGGGUCGGCAACCUUUGGCAGAUGUUGUGGACUACAUAUCCCAUCAUGCUCUUAUAGCCCAAUUACUGGCAGAGCAUCAGGGGAGAUGUAGUCCACAAGUUUUGAAAUGCCAAAGGUUGCAUACACCUGCCAUAGGGUGGCCUUCUGCAUUGGGAAGUCUGUGAUUGGACAGUUACAGAGAGUCUGGGCGGGGUUAGAAGAGGAGGGCUUGCAAAGGCUGCAGACAAGAGAUCUUCAGUUUUUGCAAGCUGUUUUGAAAUAUAACCGCAAUGGAAGAAUACAUAAUAAGAUAGGUGCAUGUUUUUAUUGGGGAUAUGCAUACUAAAAAAUGCUUUUAUAUUUGGGCUGUGGAGUAUAUCUCUAUAAUGGGCAUGGGCAAGGCAUUCAAGAUGCAAAUGUGAGGUAAACCUGGGUGCAGUAUUAUACUUGUACCCGUGUUAUAGUCUUAGCUACUGCUCCUAAUGAUGGGUGAUUGUACUCUCAUAUAUUACUGAUUUGUGUGUGGGAUGAGAUGGGGUGGAGAUAAAAUGUUUGCUUUGGUGGCCUGGAUGAAUCUAUUGUUUAAAACUUGGAUGUAUCCAAACAAUCAAACUCAGACAUAUCUCUGAAAUUUAGCAAUAAAUAUUCAUGUAAUUUAAGGGCGACUAUAGUCAUCAAAACAACUUCAUGCAGCAGUGUUGGUGUAUAAAUAAUGCCUAUGAAGUUUCACUGCUCAAUCCACUGCCAGUUAUGAGUUAAUUUACUUUUGUUUCUAUUCACACCUCCCCUGGCUGUGACUGACACUGUCUGGGAACAAAAAAUCAAUCAGAUGUUACUGUAAAAGGUUUUAUCUCCUGCUCUGUAAACUGACCUGUAAUCACACACAGGAGGCUACUGCAGGGUCUACCAAGCUAUUAACAGAGCAGGAGAUAAUAAAUUCUAAAUCAAACAGAAUUUGCAAUAAAGUAAGUUUAAACAUUAGAUGACUCUACAGGAAGUGUUUAGGAAGGUUGUUCAAGUAACAUGCAGGGAGGUGUGGCUAAGGCUGCAUAAGCACAAACAAACGUGAUUUAACUGCUACUUUUCAGAGAAUUGAGUAGUGAGACUGCAGGGGCAUGAUCUAUACACCAAAACUGCUUCAUUAAGCUAAAGUUGUUUUGGUGACUAUAGUGUCCUUUUAAGGUAAAUGGAUGAAUAGUUUGUAAUACAUUGUGAACCAAAUAUUUUAAGGGUAAGAAUGGGGGCAAGAAUAGGGGCACAUACUGGAGUAUAGAAAGGCUAUGGCACAGUACAGGGCAAUUAAUCUUGUGCGUACACUUGCUAAAUACUCCAUACGCUAAUACUUGUAUAUGUCUCCUCUAGGAUCUCUGCGGUGCCUCCACUUGCGACACUCUGGGGAUGGCCGAUGUGGGUACGAUGUGUGAUCCCAAGCGCAGCUGUUCGGUAAUAGAAGAUGAUGGCCUUCCUUCUGCGUUUACCACAGCACAUGAACUCGGUCAGUGAAUACUGAAUGCAGCCAACUCAAAACGGGGUUAAAUGGGGCCAGGUGUACUAUUCAAGCACCUGUGGACUCCAGAUGCCCCCAGUCACCUCAUCCCUAAAAUAACCUGUAUUAGUUUACAAGAUUACUUAAAAAGUCACAGCUCGGACACGUUUCAUGAGCUGACACUAAACACCAAAACACGUGGCACAAAAUAAAAACUGGAAACUUGUGAACAUUCCAGAAUAGAAUCUAGAAAAAAAAACAAAGCAAAAUGGAUUUAGAAACAGUUAAUUUACACAUUUGCUUUUUAUUUUUGUAUGUAGUUUGGAUUCCUAUGGUUUGGCUGCGAUUCUCUGUCCAUAAUUAUCUUGUUUUGUUAAAAGGUGACUCAUAAACAAAAACUACAUUUAGAGUUUUAAGAACCAGCUCUGCCCAGCCUGAUGUUAGUAAAUGCAGCGACAGGUCACAUGACCGCUGUUCAAGUCAAGUGAUGAAUGAAAGUAUCGCUAAUCUGGCAGAAACACACAGAUAAAAAUACUUUAUGACGAGGUCAUCGUGCCAUUUAUUUUCACCAAAUCAUUUCUGUAUAAUUUAAUAAUAUGACAUCAAUGUCAUACCAUAAGGUGUAAUGACUCAUUAUACAGAGCGGAAUUACAGAAACUCUGUUUUUCACACUCCGGACACUUUUCUGAUUUCAUGGAAUUUAUUUUCAUGAUUAAUGUCUGGGAUUAGCUUUUUACUGACUGACAAGCUCCCCAGGAGCUAUUAGACAAUGUUUGAAAUAAUAGUAUAAUGUGUUAUUUUUUUGUUAAUUAGUAAGACUUGCACAUUAGAAAAACAAAAUUUGCAAUGGCAAAAUUGCUCAAAUUUAAAAUAAAAGUAUGAACUCCUUGAUUUCCUUACAAAGCCAUACUAACAGGCAGACAUGGCCAAUGAGUACGUCUUAUGGAUUCGUAUAAAGUAUACUCUAAUAAACUUCUUCCUGAGUCUGAAAUCCACUACAGAAGACCCAAAACACGUUAUGGUGCAGUAUUGCUAUAACAAACAUAAAAAGAUCCUCCACCCUACGAAGAUCUUGCUCACCUUCUUCUGAAACUUAGUUAUAACCAGCCCCUACAUUGUCAUCCAAAGCAACUAUGAACGCUUUGAGUGUCUUCUAGAUGUUUAGUGGUCUCUGGAAGAAAUGUAUUAAAGUACCGUGGUAUAUAAAUGGCUUACUAACCUGUUGUAUGAUUAUAUGAGCUCAUCAAUGUAGUAAUGAAAGCCAAGCAGGGUUCCAUCUACACCGAGGAUCUUCUGGAAGAGUGUGUCAUGAGCAGAGAUGACCUAGUAGAGGUUGCUCGGUCAAGUGUUCAAAAUGGCAGGUUCGAUUAUCCAUGGACUUUUAACUAGUUGACUUUACUUGCACAUGCAGUCGAUAAUGAGUCGUCGUUAUUUACGUUUGUUAUAUGGUGUCUGGCCCUGGAUGAACUGUUUAAAUGCUUCGGUAGGGGUGGAUGAAGGAGCAAUUGUAAUUUUCAAAACACUAAUGGAUCCAUUUAAGAACAAUUCAAAACCGUUAGAAUUGGCUAAGCUAUUCCCUGCUAGAAAAUGGAGUUUAUUGGUUCCAUACCUGCUCUCUGCUUUGUUAGAAUAGCUGUGACAAGGUUAGACUAGUUUACUGUAUAAUUUACAUGUUAGAAUGGCAAAUCUCAUCCUAGCCAUAAAUUCCUGUAUAAUCAUCCUGUAUAUCGUAACUCAAAUGGAAUGUUUUCCAGAGUCAAGAGUCACUCAUCGAUUAAAACAAAGUAAUGAAAAACACUCUAAAAAUAUAUAUCAAUGGACUUGAUGCCUUCGUUCAACAGAUUUACAGAGUGAAAAAGACAUAAAAAUAUAGACUGCUACAUGGUAUCUUUCUCAACAUUUAAUUACAAUUAUUUAUAUAGCGUCAAUAUAUUCCACAGAGAUGUACAAUAGCAAACAAGAAAACCAUUUAUUUCUAAUAGAACACGUAUGACAUACAGGAGCAGCAGGUGAAGAGGCUCAUGCCCAAACGAGCCCACAAUUUAAGAUCAUAUGCUCCCACUGUACACUACUGUGAGUUUUAUUGUUGUGGAGCUCUGUGAUAUACUCAUACACACUGCCCACUACAGCGAUUUUUAUUGCUGUGGAGCUCUCUGAUAAACUCAAACGCAUUGCAUAUUACUUUGAGUUUAUUGAUGUGGAGCUUUGGAUAUACUUAUUUACACCGCCCAUUACUGUGAGUUUUAUUGCUGUGGAGCUCUGUGAUAAACUCAAACGCGUUGCAUAUUACUGUGAGUUUUACUGAUGUGGAGCUCUGUGAUAAACUCGUACACACUGGAAAUUACUCUAAAGGUUUAACUCACCAAGUGAAGGAAAAACAUUUUUUGACUUUACAUUUGUUAAUUAAGAAGCUCUAUUAUCCAGGAAUCUUAUGAGUUGAUUUAUGGAUAAACAGAUUGUAAUUUGCAAAGUAAAAUAGCUCCUCCAUUUUAUUAAAGUAUAAAUAAUGUCUGUAUGUGAAUUAUUAGUGACUGAUUUCUAGACUUUAUCACCUCAUUCGUAAAGAGUUCCACAGUGUUAAAGAAGUAGUAGGGUUUUUGGUUUUUUUCAGCCGAGUUAUUAAACGAUGUAAUGUGUGACUUUUGAUGUAAUGGAUGGUCCGUGAGACCUGUCAGGGCCCUGGCUUUCACCACGCUCUAAAAUUCCAAAUGGCUUCUCAUAGAUUAGCAAAAAUAUGGCCCUCCCCCCUUCUUUCUCAUGAAAUGUAUUACACAUGUUUGUGUGAUUUAAGUAGAAACCCAGGGGAGAGACAAAGUAAAUCAAAAUUGCUCAGUAAUUCAGCAUGUCAAAUUUCCAGUGUCACAAAUAAUGUUUUUAUAAAUGCUUCAAACUCGGAUUUUGUGGACCCCUUCUUUAACCGUUUCCUCUUAUCCUCUUAGGUCAUGUUUUUAACAUGCCUCAUGACAACGUGAAAGCCUGUGAGGAGGUAUUCGGGAAGCUGAAGGAAAAUCACAUGAUGUCACCAACCCUGAUACAGAUCGACCGAACCAAUCCGUGGUCCGGCUGCAGUGCAGCCAUCAUAACCGACUUCCUGGAUAAUGGAUACGGUGAGCAAUUGAGGUGGACAUUCAGCCCGUUGACUUACUUGGAUAAAGUCUCUGCUCAUAUGAAAACACAUUAAUAAAUAAAAUUUCUUUGUAGUUUUAGGGAGAAAAAAAAUCCAACACAUAUAAUUCAUGUGGAACAAAAACCUUAUGUAAAUGGUUUAAAAGUUUAAAAACAUUAAAGAUUGCUAGGACAAUGUUCUGUAAUGAAGAACCAGUGGUUCCUAUUAACUCCCGACCCUAGUUAUUGAUGUCUGGUAAAGAUUUUGUUUUGAUUGGAACAAGAACAGAUCGGCAGAAACCCCACCAUGGGGUCUAGUAAUAUUGUGGUUGAAUUCUUCCAAAUGUCUCUGAUGACUUUAAAAUACAUGGAAUGCAUUCUGUCCUGUCUAGCUCACACUAGCAUGCACGAGAUCCAGCACAAAGUCGAUGCCGUCCCCGGCCAUUUUACUCAGGGGGAAUGUAUUUUGGCCAUGAGAUCAGAAUUGCUUUGGUGAUGGGUAGAAUUUGAAAUUGCUGGUGUGUGCUGUGGUUCAUCUGCAUGGUGCAUCGGGAACCCUUUCCAAAUUCCAAAAUACAAACUGAGCCUGCAUAAGCCAAAUAUCGAGGAUGUCUUUAUUCAUUGGCUGAGAGCAUCAGCUGACCUCUCCCAGUCAAUGAAUGCAAUUCUCAGGAUAGGUAUAUGCACAGAAUUGACAUUCUGGGCUGACUAAUGAUACCCAGUAAUGCAGCUAGAGGUGGAGUUACACAUCCAGCAACAGAAUCACAUCUCAUACAGGCUCCGAGCACCAUGAUUUCAAAGGAAAUGUAUAGGGAGUUUCAAAUGUUGGGCCAAAAUAACAAAACAUCUCAAAACAAAAAAAUGUUAUCAGCUUGGUUUAUUUGGUCCUAAAAUAUGAAAUUAUUUUUAAAUUCUCAGAAAUUAACACCAUUGUCAAUAACUCUGCAGUGAUUCAGAAAAGGGAUCUAUACUUUAGUCAAGUGCCGGAACUUGUACCCAAACCAGAAUUAGCAGCAUUUAAUCUAGCUAACGCUGCACAUUUUGGAUAGUAAAUUAUUACCUUCACAAUGAAAAACAAAAAAUCUAAAUAAAUAAAUAAAUAAAUGUCUCCUCACCUGUCAAUCAGUGUGCUUACUAAGCACUGACUGAAAGACGAGAGCAGGAGAACCCAAGAGUAGAACCCUCACCCCAGCGGUGCUCCUGCUCCCCUAUUCAUUGGUUACAAUGCAUGGCUGCACAUCAUCCACACAUCAAUGCACUGGCAAUGAAUCCAGACUGUUGGUGUGAUAGAGGAGGUGAUUGGCCAAUCGGAUAUGAGUUGGGAGGAGAUCGAAGGGAAUGGACGAUGAGGAUUGCCGUGUAAAACCCACAAAUUUGGAACCAUUGUAGCUGGACCGGUAUUUAGUAAAAUUAAAUUAAUUAUUCUAAUAGUAACCUCCUAGAAACUUACUUGACCCAUCCACAUGCAUGGCAAUCAGAUUCAAGCCUUGGUUAUUUCACAGCAAUGCAGCCGUGACUGCUUAACAGUAGAAAGUUUUGCAUUCUCGGCUGGUUGUAGUCAAGUUGAUAGGAACUACGCAGCCUGCGUUUCACCCUGGGGUAAACUGACAGCUGUGAGCGUGGUCCCUGCAGGAUGCCGGAGACAUGACCUGACAGAUGGCUCUAGUCCCUAACGAUUUCACCAGCUGAACAGUUUAGUCCUGGCUCAGGCUUGAUGUGUCUUUAUACAGUUUAUACUUGGCAUCCGGUCACAUUUGUAAACUUAACACGAAAUCUGGCUCUGUGCUGAGACUCCAAAAUACCUAAAUAAAGAGUAUGGAAGCAUCUCUGAAAAUAACAGUGUUUGCUGCUGGGAUUGUGGGACAACGUCAGCGUUAGAAGAUAAUGAAAGGGUUUAUCAGCGGAUUGGUGGUACGAGACAAUGGAAUUCAUGUGUAGGACCGAAGAAGUGAGGUGAUGGCACUUGAUUUAAUCCUCAGAGUGAAACUAGAAUUGUAUUUCAAUACUUCUUCUUCUCUACUGACGUAAAAUGAUUUCAACAUUAAUUGACUUUAAAACUCUGCACAACCAGGGGUGGUAAGGCUAGGGCUGCACAAACAAAGUGAUUUAACUCCUAAAUGGCAAAGAAUUGAGCAGUGAGAUUGCAGGGGCAUGAUCUAUACACCAAAACUGCUUUAUUAAGCUAAACUUGUUUUGGUGACUAUAGAGUCAGUUUAAUAAACAUCAUUAUUUUUAAAGCUAAUAGGCUGACAUUAAUGAUACUAUACUCGCUGUAAUAUUUUCCUAGUUAUAUUCAUAGCGAUACAAUGCGCAAUGUGUAACUAAUUGUAUAAUUUUAUUAUUUAAACAGGUGAGUGUCUUCUGGACGAACCGGCAAAGCCAAUCACUUUACCUGAGGAGCUCCCUGGUGUGCGCUACACUCUCAGCCGGCAGUGCGAACUGGCAUUUGGCCUGGGUUCCAAGCCUUGCCCAUACAUGCAAUACUGCUCCAAGCUCUGGUGCACGGGCAGGGCACGGGGGCAACUGGUGUGCCAGACCCGUCAUUUCCCCUGGGCGGAUGGCACCAGCUGCGGUGAAGGAAGGUUUUGCUUGAGUGGAACUUGUGUAGAAAAGCACAAUAUUAACCGCUAUAAGGUAAGAAACAGAAAAAAAGGACAAUGGUAUUUAUUCACUAAGGACUGCAUUAUUGUUUAUGGAAAUCCAGCAUUGACAAAUUCAGGCUAAAAUAGCCAAACUGCCAUUAUUAUUGAGUUGUAAAAUCUUUCCAAAUCAGCACGUUUUGAGGACACUUCACUACCUCACUACUAAAAAAUAAAUAAAAAUAAAAAUAAAUCACUAUUCAGUAGAAAUGUCUCCUAAUAGAAACAUGCUUGCAUUUACUGAUGCUUUCUUUUAAUUGGAGUUAUAUCUAAAAACAACUUGCAAUAGCUGCAGAUCUCUUGACUGCAGCCUUUACAAGCCCUCCCCUUUUAACCCCGCCCAGACUUUCUGUGUCUGUCCAAUCACAGACUUCCCAAUGCAGCUCAAUGAGAAGUCUUUACAAAGCAGGUGCUCUGGGCAAUUGCUGCCUCUCGAGUUUUGUUCCACUGAGCUAACCAAACCAGGAUUGGCAGCCAGGAGGGGAGGGUGUUAUCAGGUUAUUUUAUAAAAGUGCCAGUACAGUAAUGUGAAGUGCUUUAUGUGUGGGAAGUGGCCAUUUAAUGUUCCAACAGUUUUCAGUUUUCUACAAUAUUGUGUUUAGUAACUAAACCCAUUGUUUUCACAAGAUGCAGUGAUUUCUAAUUACAAAGCCAUCGUCUGUAUCUCUGACACAAAGAGGACUUUACACAAUACAUCUUGAUAGAAGACCAGAUAAUAAUAAUAAAAGUAAUCAGUACAUUUUACUUGGUUCCAAGUCAGCCGGAGAUCCACCUGAGUCUUUCAGCGGGUUAACCCCUUCAAUGCCAGUUAUUUACUGAAAGAAAACCGGAACACCAAAAUGCCUGCUAUUUCUUGAAAAAUGCCAGCAUUUUAGAUAGUUACAAGUACAAACACCGUCUACAGAGUUGCCUGUGAAUUAAUAUAGUAUCUACAAUUAUAGUUAAAGGGACACUAUAGUCACUAUACAUAGUAAUCUAUCUUCUCACCCUCCACUGCUAUUGGUUGUCCCUGGUACCAAGGUAGGGAGACAAUGGGUUAAAGAAAUCAAGGGAAUCCAAUGUCAUUGUAUUCUUUUCUGAAUCGAUUUCAAUACAAUAUAAUUAAUAAUGUGAUUUUUUUAUUAUUAUUUAACAUUCUUUGUAAUGUGCAAACUCCCACCUGUGCAGCUGUGACUGUUUGAAACACAGAGGGGGUUAGUUAAUGCUGAGCUGUUUAUUCCUGCCAUAAUGCUCAGUUAUUUAUUGUCAUUUUCUGAUCAUUCCAGAAAGCUAUUAAAAUAUCCCCACUCUAGAACUGCCAUGUUUUAUCCAAUGCAGUAUCGCAGCUAGCACAUCCCAUCUGUUUGCACUCCUUUAGAGAGUCAUUAAGAUAAGUUAUGGGAUAGUUAAGUACAUAGGAUGUCUAUCAUCCUCCUUUUUCUCAAACAUCAAACGUUUCAACUACCGUUCUUUCCAUUUUAUGUCACAUUUAGAUGAUUUAUAUGUUUUGCAGUUUUUUUCCCCAGAUUUCAUAGCAUUAUAGCCAGGAGUAGACUGUGUGUUGCCUGCAGACUCAAUCUUGAUGUAUUUGGAUAUAUGAGCUGUCUGUAAUGCAUUUACAUUUUUGAGCGAUCUCAUUUCUCCAAAAAUUUGUCUUUUGGUCCUCCAUCUAAAUUGUUUAAAAACACCCUACCCAAACCAUCAAUUCAUUCCGGAGAACCAUUUCAUCAUGCAUAGCUCCUUUUCCAUUGUACCUAUGGCUAAGUUUUUUAAAACCACAACAGGAGAUAGUUUGUAUAAUUGGUUUUAUUUAUAUCUCCAAACAAAGAAUAAAGAACGUUUUUAAACCUUGAAGUGCAAGUGGUCAGUUGUGGCGACUGUGAGACCUAUUCCUCUCAACCACAAUUUUGAGAGCAGGACUCCCAUAAUAUUAUCAGCUUGUUGUUCCUAACAAAAUAGUUUAUCUGGAUAUGAAUACCAUACUAAGGAACUAGUUAGUUCUAUAUAAAUACAUUAUAAAAUCAGCAAUUAUUAUUUAGACAACUUUAUGAUCUUCUGUCUUCGGUACCGGGAAGCAGGUCAGGCCAGCUUGAUACAUUUUGAAUGUUGUGUGGAGGAACAUUUUAUAUUGGUUACGUUAUAACACACAUUGGGAUAUACCAUCUAUACAAUAUAUUCUUAAACAGCAUGCCAAGAGUUCAUGAUUGCCGUGUAUGACAUCAUAUGUUGUCUUACUGUUAGUUUAGGAAUUCAAUGCUCUACACAGUCCUGUGGGUGAUGUCAUGUAUACAUUGCAUUUGGAUCAUGUAACAUUGUUUGAGAUCCUGACACACAUUCAUGCAACAGUGACUUUUUAUUUCUGAGCGAACAAGAAAUAUUUUUACAAUGACUAUUACAUUUGCCAGUUUUCUAUAAUAUGAAUUUUUACUCUGAUUUUUAAUUUUUUCCCCCGAGAUGGAUGGUGGUUGGGGAAAAUGGAGUCCGUAUGGCCAGUGUUCCCGGACAUGUGGUGGAGGCGUUCAGUUAGCUAAACGAGAGUGUAACAAUCCUGAACCUUCCCACGGGGGGUCAUUUUGUGAAGGCGUGCGAGUCAAGUAUAGAUCCUGUUCAUUGGAUCCCUGUCCUGACAUCGGUGAGUGAUACAAAACGCAUCGACGUAGACACCAUAAAAAUCUGGGGGAUAUCCUUUUAUUAUGGAAAUCCAGUGGCACCUUUUAAAUCAUGCCAAAAUGAAACCCUAUCAACAGGGAGAAUGCAAAUAGUAUUCUGUAAGCCAGUGGCGCGUUGUAAUAGGUUUUCGUGUUACCAGUUAUAAGAUUAAGUUUCUUUUUCACGGUAUAGAGAAGUUUUUUGGAGUUUUGAAAAUGAAUAUAUUAAUUUUUCACAAUUUACUGACCUCACUCUUUAUAAAUAUGCAUUUAUAAAAAAAGACAAAAAAAAUAAAUAUUUAUCUGACAGAAAUUAUCAAGUAAAUAUAUGCCAUAUAUUUAUCUUUGUCCACUGAUUUGUUUUGUCAUUGUCGUCAUUGCCAAAUGUCAUUGUUAAAAGCUUUCAAAUAGGUUUUGGUUUUUCUCAUUUGCUUAAAAGCGAAAGAAUAUGUUUGUAACAGCUAGACCAUCACGAUAACUGGGGAUCCGUCUUCCCCUAGUCUUUGCACUUACUUAACGAAGACAGCAGUACCCACAUACACACAAUACAAAAGCUACAAUCCCAACGUACAACACUAUCUAUUUAUUAUACUCCAUGUGCUUGGCGUCUUAAAGAUUAAAUACAUCCCUUGCUUUUUAUUAAAUAUAAAUAAUAGCAAUAUUAAAAUAUUUCUUCCUCUCCGUUUGUCUUGUUCUACAGGUAAAAGUUUUCGUGAAGAGCAAUGUGAAGCUUUCAAUGGUUUCAACCAAAGUACUAAUCGAUUAACGACGACUGUAGGGUGGGUUCCGAAAUAUUCAGGAGUGUCACCAAGGGAUAAAUGCAAGCUGAUCUGUCGAGCCAAUGGCACAGGGUACUUCUAUGUGUUGGCUCCCAAGGUGAGUGUAUAUAACUAAUUCUGCUCUAUACCGAGCCAAUUCUAUCUUCAACGUCAGCAAUUUAUGGUUUAUGAGGGAGCCAUCCUUAUUCUUUUAUGGUUCUUUUUGGUUCAUUUUUAUUGGCUGAUACAGAAUUAUGGGAAUUAUAGUCUGCAGGAUAAGGUUUGGACAUUUGUAGUCCACACGAUGUUUGAGCUAAGGGAUGGAUUGACCUCUAAGAAGCCGUCUAUUAGCUUAAUGUUUAGGAGACAUGGGUGGAGUUCUCAAAGUGUUUAGAAGUUAGAGGCGUGUGGAUUUGAACCCUCUACACACAGAUCAGUAAGAAAAACAAAAUAAUUAAGAGAAAAAUCUAAAACACACAAACAAAACCCACGACAAACAAUACAAAAGACCAGAAGAAACUGCAAUAAAGAAACAGACAAAUAAUAGAUCUGUACAUUUUGCAGUUGACAUUAUGAGCAACAAUGUAGUAAACAGAUCUACGGACUAGAACAGAAACUGGAGAACAAAUGAAGAGAUGGAAAAACAAGUAGAAAUUGUACUAAAAUUUUUAUAGUUACAUAUUGAUUUAUAGAAUUUUUAUUGGGUAGCUUUAAGUGAUUUUAGUACAUUUGUGUCCUAUGCAAUGCUUGUAAAAUGAAGCAUGGAGAUGAUUAAGGAUUAACGUACGUCAGAGGACACGGAGAAGGAUCCAAGACAUACUCGCGGCACUGGGACAAAGCAGUGAUACGAGCAGAUUAUUCUUUGUAUAUAACAGAGCGUUUUACUUUUAUUACAUUUUUUAUUGUUUUACUUGUUUUUGUUCCCUGGCAUUUUGGAAGAAUUAACAGGUAAUUUGGUCGUUUUUUUUUUUUCUAUGAUUACCCUGGUAAACUGAUCACUAAGAGCACAGGGGGCAAAUGCUGUACAAUAUAACAAGAUGGAUUAGCAGGCAUUCCGCUGACAUUACAGGGGAUCAUGUCAGCUGCAUUGUGUUUCCAUGGUCAGGUUAUCCUAACAAUUCCACACAAAAUCAGGACUUUUAUUAGGCUCAAUUAUGAUUACGAGGAUAGAAAGGAACAUGCAAUCCUGUAGCGACAAGCUUAAUUUGGGAAAUAUGAACAAUUAAAAUCCCAGACAAAUCCUGUACCAUGAAGGCUUUCUCUUUGUGGGUCACUUCUAGAGAAGGAUAUUUAAGGAGAGAUACAUUUUUUUUUACAUCGGUAUACAGUUAUAUCAUAAUAUACAGUUACAUCAGGCUUUUCUAUUAGGAUUUAUCCACUAAAUUGCAAAUUAUUCUGUCCUCUAACUUGUACAUUUUCCAGCAAUUCCUAGUUUAGUAAGGAAACCCUAUUAAAGCGGCUCUGUCACCAUCUGGGGUUUGGUAUCAUUUGCAAAAACCUCCGACGGUGACUGCUCUGCUGGUAGUGCGGUGGCUGAGGGGUCAGGGAUGGUGAGUUAAACUGACCUGAACCUGUUUCUCAUGGCCGGAACAACUUGGAUAUUUUAGAGGUGACUUCUGAGGAGAAUAACACACUUAUGAUUCUCAUGCCUCCCUUGUGCUACGGUACUCUGUGAAGUUAAUGGCUCUAAAGUGCAUGCUGGGAGACUAUAGCUCCCACAAUACAGCAGGUGGUGUGAGGGCAUGCUGGGACAUCACAGUAGUAUUCCCUCAGCUCCCUGAUCCCCAUUUCCUCCACCAUAACUAUAAAUUAGAAAGCAAGACCUAGCUGAGUUGCAGCAAACCUUAAUAUGGCUACUCCUUUUAUGGUGUGGCAUGUCUCUGGAGCUCCCUUGGUGCUGAUGUCUGCUGCAGCUCCCACGUAUAUAGGGACCUCUUCCACCUUGCCAUAGCAUAUAGAAGUGGAUCGGUGGGAGGGAGGCCAGGUAUGUGUGUGGGCCGUGGCACAUUAAAAUGCGGCACAUUAAAACGCGGCUUCAUGGUUAUUAAUAUAGUCAAAUUCAGACUGAAAGAAAAUCUCAAUAAAUGUUCUGAAAUUGUAAGUCGCUGAUCAAUUCCCCAUGAGUCUGCCCAGGUUUGAUCUUCUGCUCUCUUGCUCUGCCUGCCGCAAUAUGACAGGUUUAUUGUAUUAGACAGAUACUAUACUAAAGGGGCUGAUUAUUACUCUUGUUUUAGGUUGUGGAUGGAACUCCAUGUACCCCGGACUCCACGUCGGUCUGUGUGCAGGGAAAAUGCAUCAAGGCUGGCUGCGACGGACAACUUGGCUCUAAGAAGAAGUUUGAUAAAUGUCGAGUUUGCGGAGGAGACAAUAAGAGCUGCAAGAAGGUCUCUGGCCUCUUCACCAAACCCAUGUGAGUGAACGAGAUCCUCAAUCUAUCUUCUAAAACUCAAACAUCCCUCCUUGCGCUAUUUGGGCUUUCUCUUUGAGACUCAGUAAUUCAAUUACAAGCACAUUCCUGUAUUACAUUAACGAAUAAUGAUAGUUCAUUGUGCUGAAAUGUAAAGUACACAAAGCAUAAUCCUGAAAUUGGAAGUACAGGUAGUUAUAUAUCGCAUUGUUUACUACAAAAAAUUCUGCUUUGACUAAUAACUGUCUCUAAUUUUAGGAUUAUUGAAUGUUUAUAAAUCAGGACAAAAUAAAGCCUGGUGAUUAAGAUAAUCUGAAUAUACGGUAGAUUUUUUUUCCUGCUUUGCUGUUAAGAUUGUCAGAUUCCAUAGGGUUCAGUAACUAACUUUGGGGUGUAGCACUGUAAAAGUGAAGGGUGGAGCUAAAUGUUAAACCCACCCACGAGAAACAGACAUCACAGAGAGGAUCUAACUAGAGUACAAAUGCGUCCAUUCUUAUUUUAGAUACUGUCAUCAUCAUUGUAUCUACUGACCUAAAUCACUAGAGUAAGACCCACGCAGAGCAGAAUUUACCAUCAAUGGAUACCCUUAUCCAUAUAAAAGCUAUAUCAACUCAAAUGUCAAGAAAAAUGUAACAGUUUACAAACUUUUCUUGGGAGUCCGUGAUAUUUAAAGUGAUAUGUAGAUUAUGAUUUACUAACUGACCAACAUUAAAUCGACACAUUUUGUAUUAUAUCUCCACCUUUCACAUGCAAAGGCUCUCUCAUAAAUUGCCAAUACCUGUCAACCCUACCGGGUUAAUCCACCUCAGCAGUCAUCUCAGACCUAAGACAUUUACAAUUUUACUAUACAUUCUUCAGUGGAAACCGAAAUCAAUAAUAUGUUUACUUCUGAGCAAGAACCGAAAAUGGACUCUCCAAUGCCAGGAAAACAUAUCAGUGACUUACCUGAAUCCAGCACCGAUGUCCCUCGGCGUUGAGUCAGGUUUCACCCACGCUCCUUCCCUGCCGAUGUCAGCCGGCGGGGAAGACCUAAUGCACAUGCGUGGCAAUGGCCGCGCGCACACAUUAGACCUCCCAUAGGAAAUCAUUAUUCAAUGCUUUCCUAGGGGGAUUCCGGCGAUGCUGGAGGUCCUCAUGCAUAGCACAAGGACGUCCAGCGUCGUUUAAAACACAUUUCAUGUUCUAAGAACACAGAAGUCCCUCUAGUGGCUGUUUAACAGCCACUAGAGGUGGACUUAACCCUGCAAGGUAAUUAUUGCAGUUUAUAAAAACUGCAAUAAUUAUACUUGCAGGGAAAAGGUUGGUGGGAGUUGGCACCCAGACCACUUCAGUGGGCAGAAGUGGUCUGGGUGCCUGGAGUGUCCCUUAAGAUAAAGUGCCAAAAUACACAGAAAUACACACUAUUACACAAGCAGACAUACAUUCAUACACAUACAAUUCACCGACAAUUUGGCACACACAGAUAUGCACACACAACCAUAAAGACAUGAACAAACUCAUACACACAGGAAUACAUAUACACACAUUGAUAUGCAAACAAAUGUGUAAACACACAAAGAAGCACACACAUUCGUUCCUCACAAAACAUUAAAAUAAAAUAAACGGAAAAAUAAAAUAAACAACUGAUGCCAUAAAUUGAAAGCUGUGACUAAAGCCUACGUUUCAUACUCUUUCCAAAUAAGCAUUUUUUCCCCCUAAAUUCUGUUAUCAAUUCAGUACAAUUUGGUGUUUAGUGAAUAAACCUCACAGACAGUCUCACAAAAAUCCACACACAAACAGGCGUACACGCACACACUUCCAAAUAUCUUGUAUUUUGCCAAAAAAUAGUCAUUUUUUACUUAUGUUUGUGAAUGCUGCAGAAUUCCUUUUCAUAUCUGAGACACAAGAUUAAUCUAUAGUUGAACAACUUUAAUAAACUAUGUCUUGGCAAUAAAAUGUUCCAUAGUAUAAGGCUCUGGAGAGCUACACCGUCCUUUUCCUAAAUGGAAGCAAGGCCAAGGAUUUGGAGCAUAUAUCAUAUGGGAAAAAUGUCUAGCAGACUCUCUGAGAGUUUCUCUCCAAUUUAACCUGGAGAUCAAGUAAGGGCACACAGCGUAUUCUUAUUGAAGUAGCUAUCUGUUAAUAGUAAACGUAAUAGUAAAUGUGUAUUGCAUAAAAACAAACUGACCUUGUGACAGCUCUCUGACCAUUGUUGAAUGCAAAGCAUGAGGCUGCUUUCUGUAGCCAAAACCCCGGACAGGCUUACUCACUAAAGUGAAAAUUCAACAUGAAUUUCAAACUCUACGUCAAAAAAAACAAAUGGGAGAGUUCUCUAAGUCAGCUAUGCUUUCAGUUCAGCUAUUCUGGCCUUAACCUUGAGAUUAACUCUAAACAGUUAAAGGGACAUUAUAGUCAACAAAACAACUUAAGCUUAACAAAGCGUUUUUUGUUAAUAGAUCAUGGCUCUGACGUUUCAUUGGUCAAUUCACUGCCAUUUAGGAGUUAAACCACUUUUGUUUCUGUUUAUGCAGCCCUCGCCACACCUCCGCUGCCUGGUUCCAUUUUCCAUCAGAUGUCACUUAUUUGAAAAGUUUUUUUUUUAUCUCCUGCUCUGUAAAUUGAACAUUAAUUACAUACAGGAGGCUAAUGCGAGCUCUAGCAAGUUAUUAACAGUGUAGGAGAUACGGAAUUCUAAAGUAAACAGAAUUUGCAACAAAGGAAGUGUAACCAUUAGAUGACUCUUUGCAGUAAGUGUUUUAGAGGGCUGCAUACGUCACAGGCAGGGGAGGUGUCCAGGGCUGUAUAAACAACGUUAUUUAUACUUUGUUUAUACAUUAUUUUUACUCCUGAAUGGCGGAGAAUUGAGCAGUGAGACUGCAGGGGCAUAAUCUAUACACCAAAACUGCUUCAUUAAGCCAAUGUUGUUUUGGUGACUAUACUGUCCCUUUAAUCCUCCUGGGGUAGUUUUGAAGUUAUAAUUUGGACCACCAGUCUGUAAAUAGAUUUUAUGAGUAGUUCAUUGUAAGUAAAAUGCUGAGUAUGUUAUAGUGCCUCCACCAUUGGUAAUCGAUAAUCACUGGUGCCACUGUGUAAUUAAAAUUCUGGGUACCACUCUGCACCUAAAAUAGUGAUUACUCUGCAGUGGAUGUUCAGCCAUUAGCUCUGUAGUUAAAAUUCAGAGUACUACUCGGCAAAUACCAUUCAUAUCUAGUGCUUUGUAGAUAAAACGUGACUCGUUUGGGGUACCUGUCUUCGCAACUCACAUAUAUAUGGUCUGCAAAACCACUGUUCUCUGAUCUGCUGAAUUUAGAAUUGACCGUUCCGCAGAGACCUUGUGUUGAACUCACUCUGUCUUGGCUGUCAAAAAUGUCUUUUAUAUUUUUGAUUCAUUAUUUCUCAUGUAUCUCAUCUACAAGUUUAAUUUUAAAAUGUUUCCCUAUAUAUUUCUUUGCAGACAUGGCUAUAACUUUGUGGUGACCGUCCCAGCUGGUGCCAGUAAUGUGGAUGUACGUCAGCGCGGGUAUAAAGGAUUGAUAAAUGAUGACAAUUAUCUCGCAGUAAAGAAUGGCCAGAGUCGUUAUCUGUUGAACGGAAAUUACAUUGUAUCGGCGGUGGAGCGUGAUAUCCCUAUUAAAGGGAGCCUGCUGAAAUACAGUGGUACGGGUACUGCAGUGGAAGUAUUACAGGCUACCAAUGUCAUUCAGGAGCCACUCACAAUAGAAGUGUUAUGUGUCGGUAAAAUGACUCCUCCGCGGUUGAGAUAUUCCUUUUAUAUCCCCAGGGAAAAAAGAGAUGGGAAAGUCGGACAGUCAAUAAGCAAUAGCUUGGAAGGUCUACCCCCUCCUUCUCCAAGAGUCAAACCUCAGUCACAAUGGACAUCAGGUAACUGGGGUCUCUGCUCAGUUACAUGCGGCAAUGGCCAACAGACCAGAUCAGUUGAGUGCCGUGACCCUUGGGAACAACUUGCAUCUGAUUGCCUGGCAGCUCUGCGGCCAACGGACAUGAGACUGUGUGGUGACCCAUGUCCAAUGUGGGAGGCUGGGGCAUGGACACCCUGCUCCAAAAGCUGUGGUCGUGGGUUUAAAAGACGGCAACUGAGAUGUAGCGCAGGUGGAGGGGUAACCUUACCCAGAGAGCAUUGUCACUUGAAGAGGAAGCCUCAGGAAUUGGACUUUUGCAAUCUUCAUCGAUGCUGACUCCUUUGAAAGGAGACAAAAGGCAGCUUAAUUAAACUGUGGUGCUCAGUAGGAGAGGUGUUCGUCACCCAGAUUUCAGCACUGAAUUACCGUGCAAUGGAGAAGUGACACAAUUAAAGGGUUUAGAUUUGACGUCGCUCCAUGUACUGUGACCAAAGAAAUACAUUUUGCAUUUUGAACUCCAAAGCAGAAGGAUAAUUGUAAACAAGUGAGGGAAAAUGUAGAUGAAGACCAGGCUAUUGCUUUGCACUUCUUACUAGUGUGUUUUGUUACUACAAUUUUUUUUUUAACGUUGAUGCUGGACAAUCCCGCAUUGUAAAUAUAUUAUACUAAGGUCUAUGUAUCUCAGACUUUCCUAGAGUUUAAAAUAAAAACUCUGGGGAGGUUGUAAUGAUCCACAUGGUUUUGUGAAGAAUUUACCCGAUAUAGGCACCGGUACCGGUACCAUUGUUUUGUCAACACUUUUGUGCACAUGGAAUCAGCCAAAUUAUCUCAGGUAUGUUACUGAUCCAGUCCAGUCUCAAAAUCUUAGAGACAUUUCAAAGUUUUACGUGUCCUUACAUCUUUAAUUGAAAAGUAGAAGUACUAUUACUCUCUUAUUAUCCAAUUUUAAUUUACUGAAAAAUAGUUGAAAAGAUACAAUGGUAAAGAUAGAACAUAAUAUGGGUCAUUUUGUAAAAAAAAUAAGAGGUAACUAAGUGCACAGUGUAGAGAAGCAAUACUAGCUUGCCCACCGAAAAUAUUUUGAAAUAAAGUAUAAGAACAAUUAACUAUAAAGAAGGUUGAUGGAUAAAUCUCGAAUUCAGCCAAAAAAGACAUAGACCUUCUAUUGUACCCACCAAAGAAUCAGACCGAUUUGUUGUGUUUGAAACAUGGUCCCACCAGAUAAUUCCAGUCUGAUAUGUUGGAAUAGAUAGGAUUAUUGUGUACUUUAUGAUGAUAUGUUCAGCCUAUCAUUAUGUAGCAUAUGUGAAAGAUUAAAUGGAUUAUUACAAAGCUUUAUGGUAAGUGCAGGGAUAUACAAAUCUCCUUCUUAAUCUACCUCCGUGUACCUCAUAAAUAGGAUGAUAGAGAGAAGAGAGAGGCUUUAUUGUGUUUAUACAUGCUGAGAUUAAGACAUUUCAUUUACAUUUAAUUGUGGCACUCAGCAUUAGUGAUCCCCAAAUAACUCUCACAUGACUUAAAGGGACAUUAUAGGCACUAUAUCCAUUUCAUUGUAUUGAGUUGUUCAUAGUGCCUGGAAACCCCUGGCUAUGUCCCCUUUAUCAGUGUUAAACCAUUUUUAGCAGUUUAGCACUACGUAAGUCCAGGCCCCACUGGAGGUGUGACUAAGGCAGAAAUCAUACACUUCCUUCUAGUCAUACCAAUUCAUACCAGCAAUUGGAGUUGUGAUAGGCUGAAAGCAGUCAGCUGACACUCUCAGCCAAUCAAAGCCGUACAUUGCUGCUCAGGCCAAUGAUUCCUCUCUUUUAGCAUUAAAACAUUGAAAACAGUUUAACGCUGAAUGGAAGGAUGGUGCUGGAGACGCAAUAAACACUUUAACGAGAUGAAGCAGUUACAGUGCCUCUUUACGGUAAUUAAAAGGGCUGUGAUAUAAUAUAUCAAUAGUAUUUCAUACAACCUGUCUCAUAUUUUCAUUCCAGCAGAUGAUACAAAGCUUAAUACGUACAGAGCCUUCUUUUUUUUAAUACAAGAUGCUAAAGUCUAAUCUCCACUUCUGUUACCACGUCGGGCUAUCGCUGACACAGAGAACUUACCUGUACUGUAGAAAACAUAGUUACAACAUACCUACCAUGCAGCAUCUAAGGAUGCAAGGAGUUAAAAUGUAACCCUUUGAGUUCCAGCCUAGUGACACACUGAACUGUCACGUCUCGGAGUCACCUGUUGGUGCUUUUGUGCUUGUUUGACAUAGUUCAUAGUAAAUGUAAGUGUUAUAUUAAACACAUUACUUGCCAUUUCAAGUGAUAGGAAACAUGCACUUUUCUAACGAUAGUUUUAAUUCACUAAUUAGUGAAUUUGACAAAUGUAAAAAAUGUAAAAUGAAUAGCUGUUUUGUAAACUGUUUUCACAAUGUAGCUAUUUUGUCCUAUAUGUGAUCCAGUUGCCGUACCUCCACAGUUCUGUGUUUAGAUGGUAAGCCCUAAGCAUUUAGUUCAUGUUUUAACACCUUGUGAAUACAACAAUGUGAUUUCAGGUGAUUUUUUUUGUAUCAGGUGUAUUUGAAAUCACAAAUCCCCAUGUAAUGCCACAAAUAUCAAAGACUGAAAUGACUAAAUUUAGCUGCCAAAUUCUAGAAGGUUUCUUGGAAUUAUAAGUAAAUAGUAAACAUCACAAAUUGUAAACUUAAAUUUUACUUUUUUUUUUCUUUCAGAGCAUUUUUCAAAUUUGGUGGAAACAAUUUUUUUUUUAUAGUAACUGUUAUAUUAUUAAAAAAAUGAAAUCUAUUAUAAAGGUUAUUUUCUCAUUAUCCCAAUUUGACGCAUGCCCGAUUCUGGAUCAUACUACUUUAAUUUUAAGAUAUAGUGAUUAUGGACACGAAAUCCACGACACGGAAAAUGUGACUAACUAACAUUGAAAAAAAAAGCAGAAAGUGUGUUUAUUCCAUUUCUAUGUUCUUUAGGUUUAUAUUUUAUACAUUUCUUUUGCAUUGUUUGUGAUGUAGCAAAAGGAGUUUUAAAAGCCAAGUUAUGGGCUGUAUGUAUAUAUGUAUGUAUACUGUGUAUACUCUCUGUAGACAUGUGCAAGGAUACAAUAAACUUGUACAAAUCCAAGUCAAAUCUUGGUAUAUGUACUGCAUAGAACACACUGUUUCAUUCAUUGCUUCCUUGUCAAUCUGUAACAUUCUCUGGGAAUCCACAGUGUCAGUAAGUCUGCUUAAAGGCACAGUAACU